CAUCUCAGGUGAGAAGGAUGCUCUGUGCAAGUGUGCCUCCAGCUUGUCUACGAGGCUGGCUGUGCUGGGGUGCGGGAGAAGAGGGGAAGGUGUUCAGAAUGUGACCCUCUGGACCGGGGUGCCAGUGCUUCUGAAUCAUCUCACAGAUUUGGCCUGGGAACCGAAAUCCACUGAUGGAGCAACCUCCUGACAGUAAGGAAGAGGGGUGUGCUUUGAAGGUCAGAGAGAGGGAGGGGGAGAGAGAGAGAGAGAGAUGGGAUUGUGUUUGGAGAGAGGUGUCAUAGACACUGAGGAUGGUGAUGAAUUGAAUUUGUAUACUGCCCUAUACCCGUAGAUCUCAGGGCGGUUCAUCACAUAAAAUUGCAACAUCAAAAACAGAAAAUAAAUAAGUACCUUGGUUUAAGGGAUGCGGGUGGCGCUGUGGGUUAAACCACAGAGCCUAGGACUUGCUGAUCAGAAGGUUGGAGGUUCGAAUCCCCGCGACGGGGUGAGCUCCUGUUGCUGCUUGGUCCCUGCUCCUGCCAACCUAGCAGUUCGAAAGCACGUCAAAGUGCAAGUAGAUAAAUAGAUACCGCUCUGGCGGGAAGGUAAACGGCAUUUCUGUGCGCUGCUCUGGUUCGCCAGAAGCGGCUUAGUCCUGCUGGCCACAUGACCUAGAAGCUGUACACCGGCUCCCUCGGCUAAUAAAGUGAGAUGAGCGCAAAACCCCAGAGUUGGCCACGACUGGACCUAAUGGUCAGGGGUCCCUUUAUCUUUACCUUGGGUUAAGAACUGGUCAUGUUGUUUGGAUGCCUGAUGAUCAUUUUCCUAAGCAACUACAGUGGUACCUCAGGUUAAGAACUUAAUUCAUUCUGGAGGUCCAUUCUUAACCUGAAACUGUUCUUAACCUGAGGUACCACUUUAGCUAAUGGGGCCUCCCACUGCUGCCAUGCCACAGCCGCGCAAUUUCUGUUCUCAUCCCAAAGCAAAAUUCUUAACCUGAGGUACUAUUACUAGGUUAGCGGAGUCCGUAACCUGAAGCAUCUGUAACCCGAGGUACCACUGUACUAAUAAGAAGAACAAAAACAAGCCAGGAACACCCCUUCGACAACACAUUUAAAAGGGCAUUGGGUAGGCCAGGGGUCAGCAACCUUUUCCAGCUGUGGGCUAGUCCACAGUCCCUCAGACCUUGUGGUGGGCCAGGCUAUCUUUUUUUAGGGGAGAAAGAACGAAUUCCUGUUUCCCACAAAUAACCCAGAGAUGCAUUUUAAAUAAAAGCACACAUUCUACUCAUGUAAAAACACGCUGCUUCCCGGACCGUCCGUGGGCCGGAUUGAGAAGCCGAUUGGGCCGCAUCCAGCCCGCCCGGGCCUUAGGUUGCCUACCCUUGGGGUAGGCCCAGAUUUUGUGUCUCCUGCAGACUCAAAGCUGAAAUGGUCUUUAAGUUUGUUUUGCACCUCUGAAAAAGUGAGUCUGCCGCCUCCAGCAGCUGUUGCAUGAUCUCUGCUGCCUCCUGCUGGACACAGUGGCAAAUGCAGACAUAGUCCCGGACUGCAGUUAGACAGUCAUCCCUGUAGGACGCAGGUCCUGGAUCACUGCCUUGCCGUGGCGAAGGGGCUUGAAUAACUCAGAGAAGCUAUGAGCUCUGCCGUGCAGGGCCACCCAAGAUGGACAGGUCAUAGUGGAGAGUUUUGACCAAACGUGAUCCACCUGGAGCAGGAACCGGCAAGCCACUCCAGUAUCCCUGCCAAGAAAACUCCAUGGACAAAGACAACAGGCAUAUAAAAGUUAUGACACUGGAAGAUGAGCCCCUCAGGUCGGAAGGCGUCCAACAUGCUACUGAGGAAGAGCGGAGGACAAGUACAAGUAGAUUCAGAGCUGAUGAAGCGGCUGGGCCAAAGCCGAAAGGACGCUCAGUUGCGGAUAUGCCUGGAAGCGAAAGGAAAGUCCAAUGCUGUAAAGAAAAAUAUUGCAUAAGAAUUGAUGCUUUUGAAUUCUGGUGCUGGAGGAGACUCUUGAGAGUCCCAUGGACUGCAAGAAGAUCAAACCAAUCCAUUCUGAAGGAAAUCAGCCCUGAGUGCUCACUGGAAGGACAGAUCCUGAAGCUGAGGCUCCAAGACUUUGGCCACCUCAUGAGAAGAGAAGACUCCCUGGAAAAGACCCUGAUGUUGGGAAAGAUGGAGGGCACAAGGAGAAGGGGACGACAGAGGACGAGAUGGUUGGACAGUGUUCUCGAAGCUACCAGCAUGAGUUGGACCAAACUGCGGGAGGCAGUGGAGGACAGGAGGGCCUGGCGUGCUCUGGUCCAGGGGGUCACGAAGAGGCGGACACGACUAAACGACUAAACAACAACAAAGGGCCGGCCCACUGCCUCAGGCGGCAGGAUGAGUAGGGGCAGCAUAUCCCUGUGUAGAUCUUUAACUCACCCCCCACACACACUUUGUUCCUGAUGUAGAUCUUCACUCACCUUUCUUCCUUGGUGGCAGGGGCGGUGUGUGUGUGUGGAGAUGCCAUUUGGCAGUUCCCCUCAGGGACAAAAUUUCAGGGGACCAUUCAAGAGUUUCCCCCCACCCUGCACCCCCAUGCCUGAGAGUUGCACCCAGCACCCUCUUCGUCAGGCCAAGGAAUCGCAAAUUGGGUGGUGCAUAGAAAAAUAGGAAGCUGCUUUGUCCUGAGCUAUUGUUCUGCGUAAUCCAGUGUUGUCUACACUGGCAGGCAGCUGCUUUCCAGGGUGUCAGGGCAGGAGGCUAUCUGCAGAUGCUCCUCCACUGAGCUUACCCAAAUAGGCACACCUGAAGCUGCCUAAUACUCAGCUACCCAUCUAGCGCAGUACUGCCAACACUGACUGGCAGCAGCUGUCCAGGGUUUCUGGUGGGGAACCUGCCCAGCCCCACCUGGGGACUGAACCUGAGCUAUGGCCCUUUCCAGAUAGGAAUGCGGGAAUCAGUGCUGAGUUCAUCUAGCUCAGUAUGGGCUGCUCGGACUGGCAGCAGCUCUCCACGGGGAGAAAAAUACCGUGAGCCUUCUGUAGUUCGAGGCUGCCAUCCUUAUUAGACUUUACUGACUGGCGGGGUCUGCGUUGCUUCCGGGAGGGAGGAAGGAAGUCAAAUGACACUGAGGUUGAUUCAGAGAAAGAGUUUAUUCUGCUCUCCAGAUAGCAGAAGGCACUUGAGUGGUCAGUCCGCAGCAAGUCCAAAGAAAUGAGAAGUUUCAUGCAGUAUAUAUAUCCUCCAGGCACCCUCUCCCCCCUUCCCCAGGAAUCCAGCCACGUCAGCUUAUACACGCAGGUUGACAUCACAGAUGUUCCUGCUCUGGUACUCUUAACCACAAAAGGGGUUUCCUCUUCCUGUACUCUUGACCAUAAAAGGUUGUUUCUGUUCCUAUACUCUUAUCUUGGGGCAGGAGGUCACCAACUCCUGGCGCCGUUCCCGGGUCUCUUGUCAGACUUGACAAGGUCUGUGCGUCUUUGUGGUCAGGAUGUAAGAUAAGACCCAGACGCGUCAUCCCUGCUCUACUGGAACUGGCAAGGCCACUCAUUGCCGUCACAGACUGAUAAGGGAGAGAGCUUUGAGCACUUGUUUAUCCAGCUGGGUUUUGGCUCAAGAGCUCAAGUUAGAGCAUUUUAGAAAUGCUCCCUUGGAGGAGGAAAAAUGGGGAUUUUGGGUCUGUUUCAAACUGACUGCACAGAAACCCAUUCCUUCAGUUUAGGCUGAGAGGAAGAGACUGCCCCCCCAAGGUCACCACCAGCCAGGUGGAUUUGAACCUCUCCCAGGAAGUCCGCGCGGGCACUUCAAGUUUGCAUGCCGGGUGUUUGUGUGUGCCCAGUUGGGGACAAAUGUGGGGCUGGGCUGUGGGUCUCGGCUGGUGCUGAGCUUGCUCCCCUACCGUUGGGUGUGCGUGCCAAGCGGACAACCCCGCCUGCUCCUUGGUGCGCGUCCAUUCGAGCGCUUGCGCUUGAGAAUAGCAGAGCUCGCCAUAUGGGAAUGCACAUUUUCGAGCACUGCGCGCGUGUCUGGGGGCAUGUCUGAGUGCCGGGAAGUGGGGGAGAGCCACGCGCUGAUGCUCCCCGGCCCGGGCCAUCUGCCAGGAUGUGCGAGUGUAUGCUCUGGCCCCCUGCAAAAGCACAGGCGUGUCGGUGGCUCUGAAGUCGUGAGGUUUUAACCUUUGGCUAAAGAGCAGGCGUCGCCAGAAACGCCACGGCCGGGUGUCCAUUUAUGUGCGCGUUUUGCGCUUUGUUGCGAGCCCUCCACAGCGGUUACGCGCGCGGAAUGGCGAGCCGGAGACGCCUCCGAUGUUUCCCGCUGGGCAAAAAGCUCGGCUGCGCGCUCCUGGGUACCGAUUUCCAGCGCGCAACAGAAAGCAUCUUUGGGUACCGGCGCGAGCGCGCCAAAGAGGUGUCGCGUUUGGGUUGCGCCAGACCGGGUUGUGAGGAUGGGCUCCGGGUAGCGCCAGCCCUCUGUCUCUCUCUGUGUGUGCGCCUUCCGCCAGCCUGGGGGUGGGCCCUGCCUCCUCCCCCUCCUCCCCCGCCUCCUGCUUCCCCCUCCCCCCCUCUGUCUGCUUUUUCGCUCCAGAAACAGCCAUGGAGGCAGCUGAGACGCAGCUGCUUGGGAGGCGGACAGAGAGAGCAGGUCAGUGAUGGGGGGGGGGGUUGAUGGAGGGGAGGGGGGCGCAGCCCUAACUCCCGCAAGGACCCCCGCAACCCCCCUGCUCCCCUCCCCUUGCAUCACCGCAGCCUUUCCGUUGCGUCCCCUCCAUCCAUCUCCCUUCCAAGCGCCUUCACCUCUCCAGGGUCUCUUCUUCCGCUCCUCCUUCCCGUACCCCCCCUCUUUCUCCUCCCCCUCUCCACUUUCCACCUGUGGCUGCCCUUCCCCCCACCCCGCCGUCCUGUGCCCAUCUUCAGGGGCACACGCAGCCCUCCCCGCUGCGACCCUUCUCCACCCAUCUCUCUCUUUGCAAAAAUAUAGUCACACCUUGCGCUGGUGACAUCACGGGCGGUGGUUAUGUCAUCCGGCGGGCGAGGAGGGUACGUGGUGGAAAGUCCAGUCUCUUUGCUACCCGAGACCCUUUCCCCAAAUAUACACCUCUUGAGGAGACCCGGCCCCGCUUGGAGAGCAGGAUUUGGGGGCAAACCGGUGGAGAAAAAGGAAUGCAAAACGGGAGUUUUCUGGAGAGCGCGCGUCCUGGUGUAGGGGAAGUGGGUUUUUUGGAAAUGCGGCUAAAUUGUGUGUCUCUAACACACACACACACACACACACACACACACACACACACACACACACUGGACGCUCCAUCCUUGCGAUCAUUGAGGAGUUAGUCCGUUUUCCUGCCCCCCUUCCCCGGUUCCAUCUGGACCCCACCCCCUUGAAAUUGUGUCUGAAAGGGCUGCAGCGAGAAAAGGGCUUCUCUUUGUCCAAGAGGAAUUGAAUCUCUCUCUCCGCCCCCCUCCAGCUGCCCACCCGAUUUCUCUCCCUCCCCCCCCCCCCAAUUGACCCAGUUACAUAACCCUCCAAGAAAGAAGCGAGGAUGCGAUCUUCGGAGACUGGUGGGGUUGUGGAGGCCUUAGGAAGAAUGUAUCCCAUUAGGGAUACAUGCGUUGGGUGGUCUGUGCCCCAUAACAGAACGCUGGUGGGGCUUGGGGGCUGUCCAGCCCUCCCCACCCUCACCCCAGAUUGCCCCACUCUGCAGACACUGCAGCAGGCAGAAGUUCAAGGGGCAGAUGCACGAAAGCCCUUCUUCACGCAGUGCAGUUAACCUGUGGAACUCCCUCCCACAGGGAUUUCAAAGAAGGUUAGACAAAUUCAUGGAGGAGGAGAAGAGGGUUAUAGAGGCAGCGGUGCUUCUGGAUAUCGGCUGCGGGAGGGAAGAGGGCUCUUGUGGUCGGAUCCUGUUUGCGGGUUUCCCACAGGCCUCUGGCUGACUGCUGUGAGAAGAGAGUUCUUGACUCGAUGGGCUGUUGGCCUGACCCAGCAGCCUUGUCUUGGAAUCAUCAAAUUGGAGAGUUGAAAGGGACCCCCAGGGGUCAUCUAGUCCAACCCCCUGCAAGGCGGGAAUCUCAGCUAAAGCAUCCAUGACAGAGGGCCAUUCAACCUCUGCUUAAAAACCUCCAAGGAAGGAGAGUCCACAACCUCCAAAGGCAGACCGUUCCACUACCAAACAGCUCUUACCGUCAGAAAAUUAUUCCUGAUCUUUAGCCUGAAUCGACUUUUUUUGUAACUUGAAGCCAUGAGUUCAGGUCCUACAUCCCAGAGCAGGAGAAAAAACGUUCUUACAUUCCCAUAAGGUGCUAAUAAUAAUAACAACAACAAAUUUUUAUUUAUAUCCUGCCCUCCCCAGCUGAAGCCAGGCUCAGAGCAGCUAACAACAAUAAAAGUAACACAGCAUUCUAAAAUCAAUUCAUUCUAAAAUCAAUUCAGAAUCAAAUUAAUGGCAACCAUUGGGCUAGAGUUCUGUGAGGAUUACCGAAGGAGGGGGUCAGACUGUCCCUUGGCCAAAGGCCUGGUGGAACAGCUCCAUCUUGCAGGCCUUGCGGAAAGAUGUCAAGUCACGCAGGGCCCUAGUCUCUUGUGACAGAGCGUUCCACCAGAUCGGGGCCACAGCCGAAAAGGCCCUGGCUCUGGUUGAGGCCAGCCUAACCUCCCUGUGGCCUGGGACCUGCAAGAUGUUUUUGUUUGAAGACUGUAAGGUCCUUCGUGGGACAUACUAGGAGAGGGGGUCCCAUAGGUACGAGGGUCCUAGGCCGUAAACAUGUGAAUGUAUAAAGCCCUAAAUGACUCAGGCCCCAGAGGGGAACCUCUUGAGAGUUCCUCCAUCCUCUGAGGAUCAGGAUGGUAGCCUGGGAGAAAGGGCCUUUUCUGUGGUGGCCCCUAAACCAUGAGACUCCCUCCCCACAAAGGCAUGUCUGGCACCUUCAUUGCACAGCUUCUGGAGGAUGCUGAAGACACUUGUCCCUGGCCUUUAACCCUUCAGGUGCAUGUUUUUUAGGACCCAUCUUAUUUCUGUAACUGCAAGUUAUUUUAAACUGGUCUUACUUAACAUUUUGGGGACACGGGUGGUGCUGUGGGUUAAACCACAGAGCCUAGUGCUUGCUGAUCAGAAGGUCGGUGGUUCGAAUCCCCAUGACGGGGUGAGCUCCCGUUGCUCGGUCCCUGCUCCUGCCAACAUAGCAGUUCAAAAGCACGUCAAAGUGCAAGUAGAUAAAUAGGUACCGCUCCAGCGGGAAGGUAAACGGCGUUUCCGUGCGCUGCUCUGGUUCGCCAGAAGCGGCUUAGUCAUGCUGGCCACAUGACCCGGAAGCUGUACGUCGGCUCCCUCGGCCAGUAAAGCGAGAUGAGUGCAAAACCCCAGAGUCGGUCACGACUGGACCUAAUGGCCAGGGGUCCCUUUACCUUUACUUAACAUUUUAACAUUCAAAAUCUUGUGAGCCGGCCUGGGGGAAUAUUAAUAAGAAUAAUGAGCUUGCCAGGUCUCGCUUGACUUGCAGGCUCUGUAUUAAGGGGCAGAUCUUUAUUUCACAAGAAUUCUCUGCUGUUAAGAAAUAUUGCCUGCCGCAAGCUGUUGUGGAGAUUGCAAACGGAAUUGUGGGGUCAUCCUAGCCACACCUGGCCAGUUAGCCUCCAACUCUGAUUCUAUUCCAGCUUGCAAAGAGAAUCCGGGAGUCUGAAGAGCCUUUUCCCUGCCUGCCUCGUUCCCCAGGGGGCUGCUGUCGGUUAGAAUAAAACAGGCAUUGUGGUCAAAUGCUCUCAAUAACGCAGCUUCUUCUUCUUUUUUUAAAAAUAAUAUUUAUUACUUUUCCAACAAUUUAAACACUACAAAAACAAUACAAUACAAUACAAAAACACUACAUAACAUUAACACAUUAAACACAUUGAACUAACAAAACAAAACAAAAACAGUUUAAAACACAUCAAAUAAUUUCAAUAUCUUAUCUUUCAUUCACUUAUUUCCACGACCUCCUCACACCUCCCUUUUUGUAUUCCACUUCUGUUAAUUGUUUCAGCAAUUCCUUUCCAUCUUCCUCUGCUUUCUAUCCUUUAAUUAUCUUAACACAUUCUAACCUUAUUUUUCCCUUUAAUACUCUAUUAAUCUAUUUAUACUUAAUUCCUUAUAACAUUUCUACUAAAGCCAUAUAACUUCAUUCCAACAUUUUUCUAACAUUCAUUAAUUUUACAGUAUUUCUGUAAAUAGUCUUUAAACUUUUUCCAGUCUUCUUCCACCGACUCUUCUCCCUGGUCUCGGAUUCUGCCAGUCAUUUCCGCCAAUUCCAUAUAGUCCAUCAACUUCAUCUGCCAUUCUUCCCGGGUGGGUAAAUCUUGUGUCUUCCAAUAUUUCACGAUGAGUAUCCUUGCUGCUGUUGUUGCAUACAUAAAAAAAGUUCUAUCCUUCUUUGGCCGUGAAUAACGCAGCUUCUUUGCCCCCGUUGAGAACGACAGCAAAAACUUCUCACACCACGUUGCGUAUUUGAUUUCUCUCUUAUACUUCUUGGCCUCUUAGAACAGGGCUGCUGUUUAGCAUUUGUUUAAUUAACAAAAUAUAGAUGCAUCUUACUAGACAAAAGACCUUUAGAAAAUAAUAAUAAUAAUAAUAAUAAUAAUAAUAAUAAUAAUUUAUUACUUAUACCCUGCCCAUCUGGCUGGGCUUCCCCAGCCACUCUGGGCAGCUUCCAAAAAAAUAUUAAAAUACUGCAAUACAUCAAACAUUAAAAGCUUCCCUAAACAGGGCUGCCUUCAGAUGUCUUCUAAAAGUCUGGUAGUUGUUUUUCUCUUUGACAUCUGGUGGGAGGGUGUUCCACAGGGCGGGUGCCAACACCGAGAAGACCCUCUGCCUGGUUCCCUGUAACUUGGCCUCUCGCAGUAAUGGAACUGCCAGAAAGCCCUCGGCGCUGGACCUCAGUGUCCGGGCAGAACGAUGGGGGUGGAGACGCUCCUUCAGGUAUACAGGACCGAGGCCAUUUAGGGCUUUCAAGGUCAGCACCAACACUUUGACUUGUGCUUGGAAACAUACUGGGAGCCAAUGCAGGUCCUUCACGACUGGUGCUAUAUGGUCUCGGCGGCCGCUCCCAGUCACCAGUCUAGCUGCCGCAUUCUGGAUUAGUUGUAGUUUCCGGGUCACCUUCAAAGGUAGCCCCACGUAGAGCGCAUUGCAGUAGUCCAAGCGGGAGAUAACCAGAGCAUGCACCACUCUAGCGAGACAGUCUGCGGGCAGGGAGGGUCUCUUCCUGUGUACCAGAUGAAACUGGCAGACAGCUGCCCUGGACACAGAAUUGACCUGCGUCUCCAUGGACAGCUGUGAGUCCAAAAUGACUCCCAGGCUGCGCACCUGGUCCUUCAGGGGCACAGAUGCCCCAUUCAGGACCAGGGGGUCCUCCAUAGCCACCCACUCCCUGUCCCGCCAAAAGAGUACUUCUGUCUUGUCAGGAUUCAACCUCAAUCUGUUAGCCGCCAUCCAUCCUCCAACCGCCUCCAGACACUCACACAGGAUCUAAACUAUUUGCUAAAAAGAGCAGUAAAAGAAAAUGAGUUAGCAUAAGAAUAAUUUUUUUAAAAUUACAGGCUAACUUGGGACUCUUUGGAGGUGGUUAGACUACGGCUCCCAUCACUCCCUGACUAUUGGCCAUGCUGGCUGGGGCUGAUGGGAGUCAGUCAGAUUCCCCAACUUUGCCUCGGAAGGAGACCUCAGAGGUCAUUUAGUCCAACCCCCUGCUGACACAAGAAUCUUGUUUUGAAGCAUCCCUGAUGGACAGGCAUCCAGACUUUGUUUCUACACCUCUAAUGAAGGAGACUUCAUUACAGUCAAGAAGUGCACCCUAACGUUUAGCCAAAAUAAUAAUAAGUUAUUAUUAUUAUUAUUAUUAUUAUUACAGUGGUACCUCGGGUUACAUACGCUUCAGGUUACAGACUCCGCUAACCCAGAAAUAGUACCUCGGGUGAAGAACUUUGCUUCAGGAUGAGAACAGAAAUCGUGCCCCGGCAGCGCGGCAGCAGUGGGAGACCCCAUUAGCUAAAGUGGUGCUUCAGGUUAAGAACAGUUUCAGGUUAAGAACAGACCUCUGGAAGGAAUUAAGUACGUAACAAGAGGUACCACUGUAAUUAUUAUUUAUACCCCUCCCAUCUGGCUGAGUUUCCCCAGCCACUCUGGGCGGCUCCCAAUCGAGUGUUAAAAACAAUACAGCAUUAAAUGUUAAAAACUUCCCUAAACAGGGCUGCCUUCAGAUGUCUUUUAAAAAUAAGAUAGCUACUUAUUUCCUUCACAUCUGAUGGAAGGGCGUUCCACAGGGCAGGUGCCACCACCGAGAAGGCCCUCCGUCUGGUUCCCUGUAACCUCACUUCUCACAGUGAGGGAACCGCCAGAAGGCCCUCGGAGCUGGACCUCAGUGUCCGGGUAGAACGAUGGGGGUGGAGAUGCUCCUUCAGAUAUACUGGACCGAGGCCGUUUAGGGCUUUAAAGGUCAGCACCAACACUUUGAAUUGUGCUCGGAAACGUACUGGGAGCCAAUGCAGAUCUUUCAGGACCGGUGUUAUGUGGUCUCGGCGGCUGCUCCCAGUCACCAGUCUAGCUGCCGCAUUCUGGAUUAGUUGUAGUUUCUGAGUCACCUUCAAAGGUAGCCCCACGUAGAGCGCAUUGCAGUAGUCCAAGCAGGAGAUAACAGGACCCCCUUUCUUUUAUUUCUAACCUUAAAAUUGGGCCUGUGACUCAGCUGCUGCUCAGAGGUUUGCAGAACGGAGUGCAAAUUCAUAAGAAAUUGUUGCUGAUGCGUUAAUUUAUAUAAAGCAUAAAGCCAGGAUAGCUUUGCAAGCGCAAAAACCAAUUGCACGAAUAUUAAAAUAUAAACACCCAUAAUUAAAAUGCACGAUAAAGCAAUUCCAUUAGAACAUUACAGUAUAGGCACCCAUAAUUAAAAGAGGCAAGGAAGUAAUUCCGUUAGAACAACGCGGUAAUUAAAACAGAAGUCUGGGGUGGAGAACUCGAGGGAAAGCCUGCGUAAAUGGAGGGUUUUUUUUAAAAAAAAGCCGGCAGAAUGACAGUGUAGAUGGGGAAGAGCAGUAGUGCAUGCAGAAGGCUCCGAGUUCGAUUCCUGGCACCUCCAGGUAGGACUGAGAAUGCCCUCAAUCUGAAACUCAGGACAGCUGCUGCUGGCUGUGGGAAUUUUCAGGGAUGCAGGAGAGGAUAUAUUGUUUGAUUAUAUCCUUUUCCAACUUGUAUAAACAAGUUCCACAAUUUAGCAGAGUAACAUUCCCCUUUUUAAACUUGCAGCGGAUGCGUUUGCUCAGGCUCGCUAAAGCCCCUAUAAUAACUGUUCUGGUAUUUUCCCCUUAUUCCCUCAUAAAAGAUAAGACACGACACAGUCUUCUAUAAAAGUAUAAAAAGAGUUUACUCACAUUCUGUUCACAAUUGGAUCCCAAAAGGCAGACUUAGCUUAGAAAAGUAACAUACACUUGGAAACUAUCUCAUAAGGAGACAGUCCCUUUGUCCUCCCUUGGCUUGAAGCCAAGAGAGCAUCUUUGGCUAAGCAGAUGUUGCUUCAUCGAUGCAUGUAGUCAAAGAGAGAGAGAGAUGGCUGCCCUGCCCUGUGCUUUUGUCGUUACCUGCACAGGUGAGGCCACGCCCACCUCUAGUCACAUGCAGAGGAAGUUUGUCCCAGCCCAGAAGGAAACAGGAAGUUGACCUGCUGGCUGGACAAACAUUCCUCCCCAUGUGUAAACAUGUGCACUCUAGGAAUGUUGGACUUGACUGCUCUUGUGUUUCACAUCCCACACUGGCCAGUGAAGACGAUACUGGACUGGAUGAACCAAGAGUCUAAGCCACCUUCCUGUUGCUGGAAACCCCAGGAGGGGAGGGGGUGCUCUUGUGGUCAAAUCCUGCUUGCAUCUGGUUGGCCACUGUGGGAACAGGAUGCUGGACGAGAUAGGUGUUGGGAACGAGCCAUCAAUAAAUCACACUGUGCAACUGGAGUUAACACUUUAGUAGCCAGAACAUGGUUUCCACAGAAGCACCAGACCUCAUGAGCAGAGCAGUUCUUAUCCGUUGGUCUUCCAGUGGCCGAGACAGAAAGUUCCCACCUCCCCGCAGCUGAACUGGUGCAGGCCUAUAAUAAUAAUAAAUUUCAUUUAUACCCGGCCCUCCCCAGGCAAGACCGGGCUCAGGCCGGCUAACAUCAGGUAUAAAAACAGUUGAUUGAAAUACAACUUAAAAAAACAAGAUUAAAAUACAACAUUAAAAUGCAGCCUCAUUUCAGUAGAAACUCAAAUCAAAAACUUUUCGGGGGAGGAAAACAUCAAGUCUUCACCAAGGCUAACUGUACAGACUGGUCCUAUGUGGGCCAAAAAAAAAGCCAGGGAAGUCCCCAAAUAGGAAUUCCAUCACAGAAGGAGAAAGGAAAAAAGAAAGAGAGGGAGGGAAUCAAAUUGAUUCCAAGCCAAAGGCCAGGCGGAGCAACUCUGUCUUACAGGCCCUGUGGAAAGAAAUCAGAUCCUGCAGGGCCCUGGUCUGAGAGAGAGUGUUCCACCAGGCUGGGGCCAGUGUUGAAAAGGCCCCGGCUCUGGUUGAGGCUAAUCUGACUUCCUUAGGGCCUGGGACCUCUAGGGUGUUGCUAUUUAUGGACCUUAAGGUUCGCCGCAGGGCAUACCGGGAGAGGCGGUCCCGUAGGUACGAGGGUCCUAGGACAUGAAGGGCUUUAAAGGUCAGCGCCUAGUGAUCCCAGCACCUCCUCUCAGUAGGCCUUGCCCCAAGGAGGCAGUUGCAAAGACUGAAGGUCCACACCUCCCCACCGCCAUCUAGGUCUCCUCACCUCCAGGGUUUUCCCCAAGCAAUCGGAGACUGCGCCUGCAUGCAGCCAACCUCUCCUUCGCCCCUUUUCAUGCCUCUUCUGGUUCUGGAAGGCAAGGUGGGAGGGGGCCUGUUGCAGCAGGAGGGUGAGACAUCCUGGCUCAUCUCCGUCACCUGGCUGCCCUCCUUCUGCCCCUGAUACCGAACAUCUCUCUAUCACAGACUCUCUCCACUCACUAAGCCCUGUUACCCCUUCCACUUCUGACACCUUCUCCUCCCAGUCUUCUCCCUCUGACCCCUCAUUGUCGCCCCACCACCAAUCCCUGGGCUCUUGCAUGCUCUGCUCUGUGCCAUAGGGUGAGAAGCCUUGAUGCUAUUUCUAUGCUUCGUCCUGUGGGAUGUGAUACCUAAGCAGCAGUCAAGUACAGUAUUCCUUGUUUUCCUAGAGUGGAUGUGCGAGGGGAUGUUUGGACCAGCCAGUCGAAAACUUCCUGUUUCCUCCUGGCUGGAGCUUCCUUCCUUUGCAUGUGACUAGACGUGGGUGUGACUUUACCUGUCCAGGUAACAAAAGGACAAGGCAUGCUGCCACACUCUCUCUCUUUGACCUCCUCCGUUGUUGGAGCAGCUUUUUAGUUAAAGAUGCUCUGUUGGUUUCCAGCCAGCAGUGGACACUGGGGUUAUCCCCAUAUGGGAUAGAUCCACACGUAUAUACUUUGUAACUAAGUCUGUCUUCAGGGAUCCAACUGUGAACUGAAUGUGAGUAAACAUGUUGUUGUUUAGUCCUUUAGUCGUGUCCGACUCUUCGUGACCCCCUGGACCAGAGCACACCAGGCACUCCUGUCUUCCACUGCCUCCCGCAGUUUGGUCAAACUCAUGCUGAUAGCUUUGAGAACACUGUCCCACCAUCUCGUCCUCUGUCGUCCCCUUCUCCUUGUGCCCUCCAUCUUUCCCAACAUCAGGGUCUUUUCCAGGGAGUCUUCUCUUCUCAUGAGGUGGCCAAAGUCUUGGAGCCUCAGCUUCAGGAUCUGUCCUCCCAGUGAGCCCUCAGGGCAGAUUUCCUUCAGAAUGGAGAGGUUUGAUCUUCUUGCAGUCCAUGGGACUCUCAAGAGUCUCCUCCAGCACCAGAAUUCAAAAGCAUCAAUUCUUUGGCGAUCAGCCUUCUUUAUGGUCCAGCUCUCACUUCCAUACAUCACUACUAGGGAAACCAUAGCUUGAACUAUACGGACAUUUGUUGGCAAGGUGAUGUCUCUGCUUUUUAAGAUGCUGUUUAGGUUUGUCAUUGCUUUUCUCCCAAGAAGCAAGCGUCUUUUAAUUUUGUGACUGCUGUCACCAUCUGCAGAGAUCAUGGAGCCCAAGAAAGUAAAAUCUCUCACUGUCUCCAUUUCUUCCCCUUCUAUUUGCCAGGAAGUGAUGGGACCAGUGGCCAUGAUCUUCGUUUUUUUGAUGUUGAGCUUCAGACCAUGCACACAAAAGCUUAUACAGUCAUGCCUCUUGUUACAUUUGCUUCACAUUGUGGCUUUUUGAGUUGUGAAUGUGGCAAACCCGGAAGUGUAUACUUCCAGGUUUCACCAUGCGCACACAUGCAGAAGUGUUUUGCACGCUUUGCACAUGCGCAGAAGCGCUCUAUCGUGCUCCGCACUUGCACAGAAGUGCCGCUCUAGUUGCUGACUUUUUGGGGUGCGAAUGGCACCCCGGAAUAGAUCAUGUCCACAACUAAAGGUACCACUGUACCAAGAACAAACUUAGUUGGUCUCUCAGGUGCUACUGGACAUUUAAUUUUUAAAAAAAAUAUAUCUUUCUUUUAUAUACUUUACACAAGAUUGUGGUGUGUUUAUUCAUUUAAGAGGGAUAUAAGGGAACUUACCAGGAACCUGAUAGUGAGAGGCUUACACAAGCCUGCAACCAGUUAUCUGCUGUGCAUUUAAAAUGGGAAUGUGAAACUCUGCUAAGUUAUAGAACUUGCUAGCGCACGUUAGGAAUAAUAAUAAUAAAUAAUACAUUUUUAUUUAUUCCCCGCCCUCCCCGGCCAAGACCGGGCUCAGGGCGGCUAACACUGAAUAUAAAUACAGUAAAAACAUUAAAAACAAAACAAAACAAAAACAAAAACAGUUGAGGAAGGAUAUUAAUAAACAAUAUAUCCUCUCCUGCUUCCCUGAACAUUCCCACACAUCUGCCUCCUCCUGAAGUUCUGCUUGUCUGCCAGAAGAUGGCGAAAGCUGCUUGCGUUAACAUGGUGGGCGGCCGACUCUCCUUUCUUAGAGGUUUUUAAGCAGAGGUUGGAUGGCCAACUGCAAGGGAUUCAGUACUCUCAGGGGGUUGGACUAGAUGACCCCCGGGUGUCCCUCCAAACUCUACGAUUCUCCUCUCCCGUUCUGCCUUUUGCUGACAGAGGCAUGUUUCCUCCCAGGUGAGGUGGAGACCCCCAAUGUCGAAAUAAACGAGUUGGAGGAGGAAGAUGAGGAAGAUGAAGAGGAGGAGGAGGACGACGACGACGAGGUGGAGGUCAGGAACUUGGACUCUUCGGACGACGAGAAAGAGCCGGACGAGGAGAAGCAGCUGGAGUUGACAGCCCAGGUGAUGCGUUUGUUGGACGAGCUGGAAGAAGUCCGGGAGGUGGCCCUCAAGCACGAAGGGGAUUCCCUCGAAUUGCAAGGUGGGUGUCUUGCCUCAGGGCUGCGGGGUCCCUGGAACCUGCCAAUUUUUUCAGGUCGUGUCAGUUUCCUCCAGACGACCCACUUGUGGAGCGAUCUGCUUGCACAAAUCUUAUGCAGAAAGUUAGAUCAUAUGUCUGCUCUUUGGUAUGCGUUCGCACAGACUGGCUUAUGGUUCUGAAAGUGGGUGCUAGCCCCCCCGGGGGUUGGUGAGAUUACCAGGUGGUGCCAAGGGGGCAGGGGGGAAAGCAGAGAGGAGGCCAGAAGUGUAAAUGACGCUCAGGCUAUGAAAAGUUGGAUCAAGUCCAUGCAUUUUAUGCCCAUCAUUAAAUUAAGUUGCUCUAAUUAAGUUAUCUCCCGCUUGGACUACUGCAAUGCGCUCUGCGUGGGGCUACCUUUGCAGGGGAACCGGAAACUACAACUAAUCCAGAAUGCGGCACAUUAUUGUGAAAAUCUGGACAGAAAAGUUUAGCCAAUUUCUGCCUGGACACUGCUUUCAUCUGCAGUAUUCCGGGUAUGUCUGGGAAAUUCUGGAUGUAUGGCAAGCCUAACAAGGCGCCAUCCAACCGCCUUAAGGACUCCACUCUGGGCUUGUGUAGGAAUUUCUCCUGAGCCUCUUCUUCCUCAGAAUUUAUCCCACAAGGCAGCAGGUAGGAUUUAAUACAGUGGCACUUUGGUUCUCAAACGCCUUGGUACUCAAACAGCUUGGAACCCAAGCACUGCAAACCCAGAAGUAAGUGUUCUGGUUUGCGAACUUUUUUCAGAAGCUGAACGUGCUCUGUUUUGAGUGCCGCACUUCCGUUUUGAGUGUUACGCCGAGGUCUGCAUGUUUUUGCUAUUUAUUUUCUGUUUUUGCAGGUUUUUUGUUUUGGUUUUGUCAGAGACAGAGCUAGCUGCUCCGGCACAUGGAGCGGCGCACAUGCUGUGCUCCUGCGGGCAGGGCUAGCCGCCCAUGGGGGCAGGGUGAGGGGCAAGUUUCCUGGGGGGGGCACCCAUGGUGAUGUCACCCCCCCGGGAUGACACCUCGGGCGGAUUGCAUUCCCCACACCCCCAUUCCUCCGCCAGUGGUUUUUGUGACUGUGUGGAACCCAGUUCAGCUACUGAUUGAUUGUGUGACUGCAGUACAUUGUUUAUUGCUUUCAUUUUAUGGAUCAGUGGUCUUGUUAGAUAGUAAAAUGCACGGUAAUUUGCUGUUUUAGGGGUUGUUUUUAAAAGUCUGGAACAGAUUCAUCCAUUUUGCAUUACUUUCCAUGGGAAAGUGCGCCUCGGUUUUGGAACGUUUUGGUUUUGGAACGGACUUCCAGAACGGAUUAAGGUACCACUGUAAAUGGUAAAGGUGCAGGCAGCUUUUAAGCAACAUUGCGCAGGGACUGCCAAGCUCAGCCUUGGUUCCCCAGACAGGAUUUCACUUUGCUUCUGCAACGGAAGCCGGGGUUUCGGAAAGAGAACUGUGCAACACAGAGGAGCCAUAGCAAGGAAGGUGAUCUGCACGUUGCUUUUGAGAAGCUGAAGAGAGGGAACUCCUGGCUCUUGAAUUUGUGGCUGCCUCCUCAAGAGGUCAACAGUUUAUUCUGCUUUUUCUCUCUGCGGCAGGGUUGCUGGAAGACGAGAGACUUGCCAGUGCUCAGCAGGCGGAAACCUUCACGAAGCAGAUUCAGAGACUACAAGGUCAGUCCUGGCCUUUGUGUUUGUUUGUUUGUGUGUGUGUGUGUGUGUGUGUGUGUGUGUGUAAUGAAUUGGUUUACUGAUCUAAUGCAAUUUUAUUUAAUGUGUAAAUAUGCCACAUUUUCCCGAGCUGGGAUUCACGGCAGCUCCUGACAUUUGAAAACUUCGCUAUAAAAUAGCGGUAAGCCAAAAAGACACAACACGUAAGGAAAAAGGGAUGGGGCUGGAGAAGGAAAAAUAAAAUGCAAGCGUAGGCAUCUGUUAUUAACAGUUAAGGUUCUUACUGGAACCAGCAGGGAUGGGAGUGGUUCAUGGAGCCCAGCGUGUUUUAACUGUUUACAAUUCUGAAUUUUAAAUUGUUAUAACCUUCCCUGGGACCUCCUGGCGGAGAGCGUGGAAUAACUUUGAUGCUGGGGGUGAUAAUUGCAAAGUAAGAAAAACUAGUUGAAAAGGAUAGCUAAAAUGCGUCAAAGCACAUUUAGAAGCAGGAACUGAAAAUAUAAUUUACUCUGACAGCAGCCCAGGCAUCAGCGUUGUCUAGACAUUGGUUUCCAAAGACCUGGCUGAACUGGAAGGUCUUAGUCUGCCAAUGGAAAGAUAAUAAAGAGGGAAAAUUCUAAUCUCUCCUCAGUAUGGGAGCAGCCGCAGAAAAGGCUCUGUCUCACGUUGCUACCAGCCGUGUUUCUGAAGUCGAGAGGCUGAGAGGAGAUUCUAAAGGGCACUGGCAUAGAUGUGAGCCCAUCACUGUUGCCAGGGUUUGAUUUGGUCUAAAACUGCUCUGUUGUGUCUCGGAAGCCGUUUCCUCCUUCCGUAAGAGCUCAGGCAAAUUGGUGGGGGACUUCAUUGGUGUCAGAAGUGAGACGUAUCACUGGAGGGAAAGAGUCCCUUGCCCAGCCCCAGAUGGGGAGGACUCCCUGGUCCUGAAUGGGGCAACUGUGCCCCUGAAGGACCAGGUGCACAGCCUGGGAGUCAUUUUGGACUCACAGCUGUCCAUGGAGGCGCAGGUCAGUUCAGUGUCCAGGGCAGCUGUCUACCAGCUCCAUCUGGUACGCAGGAUGAGACCCUCCCUGUCCACAGACUGUCUCGCCAGAGUGGUCCAUGCUCUGGUUAUCUCCCACUUGGACUACUGCAAUGCGCUCUAUGUGGGGCUACCUUUGAAGGUGACCCGGAAACUAUGACUAAUCCUGAAUACGACAGCUAGACUGGUGACUGGGAGCGGCCGCCGAGACCACAUAACACCGGUCUUGAAAGACCUACACUGGCUCCCAGUACGUUUCUAAGCACAAUUCAAAGUGUUGGUGCUGACCUUGAAAGCCCUAAAUGGCCUCGGUCCUGUAUACCUGAAGGAGUGUCUCCACCCCCAUCAUUCAGCCCAGACACUGAGGUCCCAUACAAUUCCAAAAAUUGCAAAUUCAGUUGCUACAAUUCCACAGGCACUCACACACGUAAAUGGCAAAUGUAGAAGAAAAUCCUACAGAUGCUAGAGAGGGACCCACAAGUGGGUUAAACACCUGUUUGUAGCACCGUAAAUGCAAAAAAUAAACAUUUUUUGGUCCCUUCUUACCGUAUGUCUGUUUUGGCAGCGAUACCGUGAAAGCCCAUUUUUGCAAGGUCGCGAAUUUAAGCCGUGCUUUAACUUUUUCGGAAUUUUGGGGGGAAACUGCGGCUUAUAUUUGGGGCCAAUACGGUAAUAUUCUAGUGUAGAUCAUUUUGGCUUUGUAAUUGAUCUUCUGGCCCCAUUCCAAACGCAAAAGUGGGGUUGGGCUAGAUGACCUUUGGGGAUCCCAACCAGAACUCUACAGUUCUGCGAAGGGUCACCCCUUUGUCCCCGGUUGCGGCCCCUCUCCUCCCGCAACUCUCGCUUUCUUCCUCCCCAGUUCGCUCGCCGGCCUUUUGAUGUAUUUUUAUAUAUAUAUAUUUACAAUAAUAUUUAUUAAUUUUCAAUAGACAUAACAAAAAAGAAAAUAUGCAACAACAGAAUAGAGAAGUGAAAAAGAAUAAAAAAGAAUAACAAACUUAAAAUACCUAAACAGAAAAAAGAAACUCAAUUAAUUAAUUAAAAUUCAUUUUCAUAAACAUUUUAGUUGACUUCCUCUAAUCUCCUCCAUCUGAAUUUCCUCUUAAUUUGAAUGUAGCAGUUUCCAAUAUCAUUAUUUCAUAAAACAAUAUUACAGUUGUAUUCGAAUUUCUUUACCUUUCUUAUAGUACAUUUUCUUACUUAUAUAUUUAAGUCUAAUUUAGUCCUAGGCCUGAUUGGUUCUUUCAAGUGGUUACAUAUCUUUAAUAUUAGAAUAUUUGUUCAAAUAGUCUUUAAAUUUCUUCCAGUCUUCUUGGUAGUCCUCUUCUUUCUGGUCACGGACCUUUUGAUCUAUUUAUAGGCCCAAUAUCUCAGCUCCUUCUCGUCGAGCGAGUGUUAAUCUGCGUAGAAUGCUGCUAUAAAUAGCGUGGGCACUGUACGGAGGACGCCACGUGUCCCCGGAGCGGCAGGUGGCGAGUCUAUAUGUGGCGAUGCCGCCCGGGGCUUGAGCAAUCCAUGGGGAACGGGGAUGGGUUCAGCCUUGAAGGGCUGGCGCAGGGAGGGACGGCAGGCAGGCAAGACGCUGGGACAGCCUCAGGACAGUUUGGGGUUCAGAGGAGGCCAACUGGUUCUUCCCCAGGGUUUUUUUUGAACCGAGCUUUGACCGCUAGGCGCUGCUGCCUCUUCUCGCUGCAACCUCCGAGAUCCCCGGCAGUUGUGAGAGCAAAGCACUGGGAAAGGAUCUGGAGGUAGGAGUGCACCUCGUGGCCUUGUAAAGGUAAAGGGACCCCUGACCGUUAAGUCCAGUUGCGGACGAAUCCGGGGUUGCGGAUCUCAUUUCACUUUAUUGGCCGAGGGAGCCGGCGUACAGCAUGACUAAGCCGCUUCUGGCGAACCAGAGCAGCGCACGGAAACGCCGUUUACCUUCCCGCCGGAGCGGUACCUAUUUAUCUACUUGCACUUUGACGUGCUUUCGAACUGCUAGGUUGGCAGGAGCUGGGACCGAGCAACGGGAGCUCACCCCGUCAUUGCGGGGAUUCGAUCCGCCAUCCUUCUGAUCGGCAAGUCCUAGGCUCUGUGAUUUAACCCACAGCGUCACCCGCGUCCUGCUUUUUCAGGUUAAAGGUAAAGGUAAAGGGAUCCCUGACCAUUAGGUCCAGUCGUGGCUGACUCUGGAGUUGCGGCGCUCAUCUCGCCUUAUUAGCCGAGGGAGCCAGCGUACAGCUUCUGGGUCAUGUGGCCAGCAUGACUAAGCCGCUUCUGGCGAACCAGAGCAGCGCACGGAAAUGCCGUUUACCUUCCCAUCAGACCUAUUUAUCUACUUGCACUUUGACGUGCUUUUGAACUGCUAUGUUGGCAGGAGCAGGGACCGAGCAACGGGAGCUCACCCCGUCGCGGGGAUUCGAACCGCCGCCCUUCUGAUCGGCAAGUCCUAGACUCUGUGGUUUAACCCACAGCGCCACCCGCAUGAGAGCAAAGCACUGGAAAAGGAUCUGGAGGCAGGAGUGCGCCUCGCCGCCUUGACACCGAUGCAAAUUGAGGAGAUCUACACCAGAUGGAGCUUGUCUCCCAUGCAAAGGCAGAUGCCUUCCAUCAAACCAACUCACAAAUCUCCAGCACGGCUUUUGUUGGAAGGGCCCUCUUCUCUCUUCACGUCCUGCUCCGGGCUGCAUUCUUUGAAAUUGCAGUAAAUCAUAGAAUUGGGACCCCAGGGGUCAUCUAGUCCAACCCGCUGCAAUGCAGGAAUCUUUUUCCCCCUCCAAUUUUUUAUUCUGUUUAUAACACAACUAAACAACACAAACAGAAAAACAAACAAUACAAACAAAUUCUUGUCUUAUCCUUAUUUUUUCUAAACAUUGUUAGGUCGGCUUCCCCAAGUCCCCCCUAUCUGAUUUUUAUUUUACCUCAUCUUUAGCAGUUUACAUAUAUCAUAAUUUCUAACCAUUUUUUAAAAUCACGCUUACUUUUACCAUAAAAAUCUUCACAUUUUAUCACUUACUUUAAAAUAGUACUAUUUUAAAAUACAUUGUCUUCUACUUCUAACCCUACAGCCUAUAUCCACUUCCAAAGCUAUUCUAACAUUUAAAUAUUAACAUAUUUUUUUCAAAUAUUCUUUAAGCUUCUUCCAAUCUUCUUCCACUGUCUCUUCUCUCUGGUCUUGGAGUCUCCCGGUCACUUUGGCAAGUUCCAUAUAGUCCAUCUGCCUCAAUGCAGGAAUCUUAGCUAAAGCAUCCCUGACAGGUUGGCUGUCCAAGCUCUGCUUAGAAAACUUACAAGGAAGGAGAGGCUACCAUCUCCUGAACUAGUCUGUUCCACUGCGGAACAGCUCUCGCCACCAGAAAGCUCUUUUUCUUGACGUUCAGUUGGAAUCUCCUGUCUUGUAACUCGGGGCCACGGGUUCGGUUCCUACUCUCUGUUGCCGGAGAAAAGAAGCUCGCUCCAUCCGCCAUGUGACAACCUUAGAGAUAUCAGUUGAAUGAAAAUAACAGGAGGACAAGUACACACACCAAAAAGCAGCGCAGUAUAUCUGGAAGAGACGUGGGUCAAAUAGGCAGAGGACGCUAGACCUUUAGGAAAGCCGAAUUUCACAUUGUACCACAAAGAGGGAGUCCUGUGUGUCUGUAUUUGUACACAUGUAAGAUAAAAUCCAAGGUACGCGGGUGUCGCUGUGGGUUAAACCACAGAGCCUAGGACUUGCCGAUCAGAAGGUCGGCGGUUCGAAUCCCUGCAACGGGGUGAGCUUCCGUUGCUCGGUCCCUGCUGCUGCCAACCUAGCAGUUCAAAAGCACGUCAGAGUGCAAGUAGAUCAAUAGGUACCGCUCUGGUGGGAAGGUAAAUGGCGUUUCCGCGCGCUGCUCUGGUUCGCCAGAAGCGGCUUAGUCAUGCUGGCCCCAUGACCCGGAAGCUGUACGCUGGCUCCCUCAGCCAGCAAAGCAAGAUGAGCUCUGCAACCCCAGAGUCGGCCACGACUGGACCUAAUGGUCAGGGGUCCCUUUACCUUUACCUUUAAGAUAAAAUCCUAAGUGACAUUGAGUUGCUUAGGUGCACCAUGGGUACAGACUUGUAUUUCUAAAUGAUGACCUCCUGGCUUUAUCUUUUUUAUAAAAACCCCGCCAACCGAUUACCCCGAUGAUGUCCUAGUUUACUACAUGCAGGGAAGAUUUUUGCGUGUGUGUCUUUACGUCAAGAAACAUUCAGAACAGCGCUGCCACCUGCAGUCUGAAGUGGCAUAGGUAAAAAGGUAAAGGUAAAGGACUCCUGGACGGUUAAGUACAGUCAAAGGCGACUAUGGGGUUGUGGCGCCCCUCUGGCUUUCAGGCCGAGGGAGCCGGCGUUUGUCCACAAACAGCUUUCCGGGUUCAUCUGGCCAGCAUGACCAAACCACUUCUGGCACACGAAGGACCAUGACAGAAACCAGAGCGCACAGAAACGCCAUUUACCUUCCCGCCACAGCGCUACCUAUUUAUCUACUUGCACUGGCGUGCUUUUGAACUGCUAGGUUGGCAGGAGCUGGGACCGAGCAACGGGACCUCACCCCGUUGCGGGGGUUCGAACUGCUGACCUUCCUGGAUCCCUUGCCUCAGGCAUCACCUGAACCAAGUCUGGGGCCUGAUCCUGAAGAGUCCCAGUCUGCACAGGUUCCCCUGCAACAAGCACCAGCUGGGCCGAGUCAGGGGCCUGAGCCUGCCCUGGCUCCAGAUGCAGGGAUGACCUCGUUGCCUUCAGCUGGGCCAUCACUUACAGCUGCUCCACUACCGGUUUGGUCAGGAGAGGCUGAGGCGGCCUCUGGGUCUAGUAACCCACCAGUGUCUCCCGAGCUGCAGGGACUGAGGUCUGAGUGAAGGAGAGACCUGAGUACUCGCAGGAGGAGUGCUCGCCGUCGAGCGAGACAGGGAGGUGAGUCACCGGGGAAUCAGGACCAGCAGUUACCCCAACAGAGAUAAAAGGCGGUCAGACCCCGCCCCAGGUUGCGGGAGCAACAUUGCUGUUUGCCAGAACCUGCCUGAGACCCUGCGCCUGACCUAGCCUGGCUUCCUGCCUUGACCCUGUCGGACUGACUCCAAGUGGAACCCUUGGAUUCGGGACCGGACCUGGACCGCGUGGCUCGGGUUAACCCCCAGCACACCACUCUGUGCAAAGUGGAAAGGAGCUGGCCCUCUGCUGGUCUUGGGGGCCAGCCGGGCAGAUGCCCAGUCUUGCCACCCUCUGGGUACAGCCACCACACCUCAUUUUGCAAAACUUGUAGUAUGGCUCUACCAGGAAUCAGUCGCUUUGGAGAAGAAGUGUGGAGUGGCUCCCCAGGAGAGCAUAAAGUAAAAGGUAAAAGGACCCCUGGCCAUUUGGCCCAGUUGUGGCCGACUCUGGGGUUGCAGCACUCAUCUCGCUUUAUUGGCCGAGGGAGCCGGCGUACAGCUUCCGGGUCAUGUGGCCAGCAUGACUAAGCUGCUUCUGGCGAACCACAGCAGCGCAUGGAAAUGCCGUUUACCUUCCCGCCGGAGCGGUACCUAUUUAUCUACUUGCACUUUGACGUGCUUUCAAACUGCUAGGUUGGCAGGAGCAGGGACCGAGCAACGGGAGCUCACCCCGUCGCUGGGAUUCGAACCGCCGACCUUCUGAUCGGCGAGUCCUAGGCUCUGUGGUUUAACCCACAGUGCCACCCACGUCCCUUCCAGGAGAGCAUACUUCUGAGUAAAUGAGGAAAGGUGAUUUCAGACCUCUUGAAACCAGCCCCGAUCAACUUUCUUCUUGGCAAGAUGCUGUCUGCAAAAAGACUCUCCGAAGCCAAUUUUAUCAAAGUAGGGUUGGUGAGCCAGACCCAAUAGUUUUGGAGUUGUAGAUUUUUAAAAAACGUACUGCUUUUUUCCUCGCUUGAUAUUUAUAGACCGGCUUUUAACAGAAGGGGGCUUGCAAGGUGUAUUUAAAAAUACAGUUUUAAAACGACAUCAGCAGAGAUGCAGGCUGUUCCCUAUGUUCUGUGUGGCUGGGAUUUUCCCUCCUGCUCUCCGACCUUUGGCAAAAGUGCCAGGUUUUCUUGCUUUAUGCAAAAAUCCUGGCAUCUUUGGAGAAGGGCUGGGAAAAACCUGUGUCUUGAACAUAGACAAUGUGGUGCCAGAUGGACAAAGGAUUUAACUUGGCUGAAAGCAGCUCCCUGUGUCUUUAACAGUCAUGCCUUCAUGCUCUUGAAGAGAGAAAGAGAAUAAGGCUCUGUUCUGGGGCUCUCAAAUCCCUUGCUACAAAAACGCAAACUUUUGAGAUCAAAACAGACACAUUUCCCUGUAACCUAGGAAUCACAUGUAAACACUGACUGAUUAUUGUUGAAUUGCUUGUUUUGAGUACUCGUGAUGCUUGCAGAUUUGACAAGGAUAGUGAUAUAGGGAAUUUCAUGGGUGGGGGAAAGCAACAGGAGUAUACACCUGAAAAAUGGAACAGCUCUUUUUAUUUUUAUUUUGCAACCAUUCUGUUCAUUCAAGUGCAAAAUGACAUAGUAGGAUGUUCCAAAAAGCAGCCUCAUUAAAACUGCUGCUGCUAUUAUUAUUAUUAUUAUUUAAAUCAAGAGCAGCGAAAGCUUCAGAUCUUGGGGUCCCUUGGGGAAAAAUGCCUACAGUAGACCCCCUUCUUGCUCGCCCUUGUACCCUAUUACAGCACUGCCUCCAGCAACUUGGACGUUUUAGACUACAACUCCAUGAUGGGAAUUGGUUGGUCUGGGUGUUCAUCAAUGUGCGGAUGAUACCCAGCUCUACCUCUUUCAAAUCAGAACCAGUGAAAGCGGUGAAGUGUCCUCUGUGAGUGUCUGGAGGCGGUUGGAGGAUGGAUGGCGGCUAACAGAUUGAGGUUGAAUCCUGACAAGACAGAAGUACUGUUUUGGGGGGACAGGGAGUGGGUGACUAUGGAGGACCCCCUGGUCCUGAAUGGGGCAACUGUGCCCCUGAAGGACCAGGUGCGCAGCCUGGGAGUCAUUCUGGACUCACAGCUGUCCAUGGAGGCGCAGGUCAAUUCUGUGUCCAGGGCAGCUGUCUACCAGCUCCAUCUGGUACGCAGGAUGAGACCCUUCCUGCCCACAGACUGUCUGGCCAGAGUGGUGCAUGCUCUGGUUAUCUCCCGCUUGGACUACUGCAAUGCGCUCCAUGUGGGGCUAACUUUGAAGGUGACCCGAAAACUACAACUAAUCCAGAAUGCGGCAGCUGGACUGGUGACUGAGACCACAUAACACCGGUCCUGAGAGAUCUGCAUUGGCUCCCAGUAUGUUUCCGAGCACAAUUCAAAGUGUUGGUGCUGACCUUGAAGGCCUAAACGGCCUCGGUCCAGUAUACCUGAAGGAGCAUCUCCACCCCCAUCGUUCUGCCCGGACACUGAGGUCCAGCUCCGAGGGCCUUCUGGUUCCCUCCCUGCGAGAAGUGAGGUUACAGGGAACCAGGGAGAGGGCCUUUUCGGUGGUGGCACCUGCCCUGUGGAACACCCUCCCACCAGAUGUCUAAGAGAAAAACAACUACCAGACUUUUAGAAGACAUCUGAAGGCAGUCCUGUUUAGGGAAGCUUUUAAUGUUUAAUAGUCUAUUGUAUUUUAAUAUUCUGUUGGAAGCUGCCCAGAGUGGCUGGGGAAACUCAGCCAGAUGGCCAGGGUAUAAAUAAUAAAUUAUUAUUAUUACCCAAAACAUCUGGAGGGCACCAGGUUGACAAAGCCUGACUCAGAGCAAUUUGGAAAGUUCAGCCGGUGCAGAAUUUGGCAGCCAGGUUGCUCACAGGGGCAAGAUAGCUUGAGUGUAUUACACCGAUCUUGGCCCGACUGCUGCUUAGUUUCCAGGUCCGAUUCAAAGUGCUGGUGUUGACCUACAAGGCCUCAAACGGCUCAGGACCGCAACCCCCUCAAGAACUGCCUCUCCCCAUAUGAGCUGACCUAGACCCUGAGAUCAUCUUCGGAGACCCUUCUUUGUGUGCCCCCUCCAUGAGAGUUCCAGAGGUUGGCAACACGAGAACGGGGCCUUUUCAGUGGUGGCUCCCCAUAUGUGAGAUGCUCUCCCCAGAGAGGCCUGCUUGGUGCCUUCAUUACAUCUCUGUAGCUGCCAAGCGAAAAACCAGGCCUUUGCAGGGGUCAGCAAACUUUUUCAGCAGGGCGCCGGACCACUGUCCCUCAGACUUGGGGGGCUGGACUAUAUUUUGUAUAAAAAAUAAAAUGAAUGAAUUCCUAUGCCCCACAAAUAACUCAGAGAUGCAUUUUAAAUAAAAGGACACAUUCUACUCAUGUAAAAACAUGCUGAUUCCCGGACCGUCCGCAGGCCAGAUUUAGAAGGCGAUUGCGCCGGAUCUGGCCCCCAGGCCUUAGUUUGCCUACCCACGGACAACUUACUUCUUAACUUAAAGAAAACAAAAGAGAUUAUUGUGGACUUUAGGAAAUGUAAAUUGAAUAUUCAGCCACUGAUUAUUGAGGGGAAGUGCGUGAAACAGGUCUUGGUGUUUCGAUUUCUGGGAAUGGAGUUGAGAGAUGCCCUAACCUGGGGAGAAAACAACAAAGACCCGAUGAAGAGAGCACAGCAGAGGUUAUAUUUUCUGAGAAUCCUCCAGAAAAACAAUCUCUCAAAGGACCUGUUGAUGGCAUUUUACCAUUGUACUGUGGAGAGUGUGUUAACUUAUGGUCUGUGUGUGUGGUUUGGGAGCUGCACAGCCAGGGAAAAAACAACGCUGUCCAGGGUUGUAAAGACUGCGGAGAGAAUAAUUGGGUGCACUCUUCCCACCUUGGAUCAAAUCUACGCUUCCAGGUGUCAUAAGAAAGCUGUAGAGAUAGCGCAGGAUAGUGCGCACCCUGGAAAUGAUCUCUUUCAGCUUCUGCCUUCUGGAAGAAGGUACAGGGUUAUAAAGACUAGGACUAGCCGCCUGAGAAACAGCUUCUAUCAAGUGAUUUUGGCUUUAAAUGCAGUGUAAGGAGUCUCUGUGGGAGUAUAUUGUCUUUAAUUAUGGGGUAUCGGAGUUUUUAGGGGGCUAACCAGGUUGGGAUAGCUGGGAUAGCAGGCUUGUUGGGUUUUGAAUGUUUUAUGUAGAUUUUUCAAUUUCGUUGUUCUGUAUGGGACAAGGACAAUAAGGAUUAUCAUAUUAUUGUAUCGUAUCGUAUUGACUACUGGUAAUCAAACAAUCUACGGCUUUUAUGGUUUGUUGUUUCUGUUUGUUACUGUUAUGUCAAUUUUGUGUUUUUGUACUGUAAACCACCCUGUGACCCUCGGAUAUGAAGGUGUGAUAGGAAUUUUAUGGUCUUAGAUAUAUGUUAAAUGUUUAUAAGUGUACCAACCAAGCACGCACAUAGAUCAGCACAGGAAGACCAACCUGGAACCAUUUUGAUUCCUAAACUGAGUAAAUGUUUUCUUUACAAGGUCAAAAUGGAAAAGCCUCCCCAUUGUCUCUUUCUUCACAAAUCCUGUCUUAAGGGCACAUUUAAGAUAUGAAUAGGGUGUGAGCCUGUGACCUGGCUCAGGAACUAAGUAUUUAUCAUUACAAAAGACUGGCCAGGCUCCCCAGGCAAUCCAAUCAAGUAACCUGCCAGACAGGAGAUAAACAACAUUCAAAUUUCUGUUUAGACCGCCUUUUCUGUGAUGUAGGUGUGAUGUAUCUGAGGGGUGGUCUUAGGUUACACCCCUUCUGUGAUGCAUGUAUGAUGUUUCUGGGGGUGGUCUUGAUCUACAGGGUGGCAAUUUCAAAAGUCUUUAUAAGGCCUUGCACACCAUUUUUCUGGGUUCCUCUCUCCUGCGUGUGAGGGGAGAACCCUGUUGCAACUGUUCAAUAAAGAUCAGGCUUACUAGCUGCUUUGCUUCUCAAUAUUCUCUGUUAUCUUCUCCUACCAAUAGGGAACCUAUGUAAGGACUCUAUAUGGGCUCUUGGAUACCCCAUUAGGGAAAAGGGCAAUUUUUGUUUACAACAAAGGGCAGUAUAGAAAUUCAAUAAAUAAUAAAAGAACAAACAGCAGGACCAAUCCUGCCCAGCUUGUGCCAUCACCCUCUGCUCAGUAGCCGUGCCAAGGCUCUGGCCUAGCCUGGGGGGUUCUGAGGUGCCGCCGCUUUAAGGGCCAAAGGGGGCCCCCGAGCCGAGCGCAGGGGCCGGGUGUGGCGGUUCCGUGGGGCCCCCCAAACCGGCCCCGGCCAUGGAACUGGGACACUCGUCUUCUCUUGGCUGUGAGUCCCCCUGGGCCCGAGAUCAAGGGGUCUGAAACCCCGCGUGGGGCGUUGCCAUGGCAGCUGGGCCCCAGAGCAGCGCAACUGCCAGGAGCGGCCCCCGCAGCCCCCUGGAGACAGGUCUGGGGCCGGUCCUGUUCCCACCCCAAAGUCUCCAGCCUCCCCCUUCUCCCCCAGGUGUGGCCCUGGGUUUUGGGGUCACAUGACAUGCGCCCGGGGCUGAGUGGAAAUGCCCUCCCAACGCCCAACCCCAGCAAGGGUUGCCAACUCUUUCCCCUGCCUCUGCUCCUCUGCUUUUAGUAAUAGCUUGAUUUGCUGGGGUGCCUUCGCUCCCUCUUCACUGCCUGCCCCUCCUACCCACUCUUUUUAUGGCAGGAUCAAGCUGAUGUCUAAAUAAUAAUAACAACAACAACAUAUUUAUUAAUAGUCUGCCUUUGCCCCUAAAAGGCGGCUUACAACAGAUCCUCCAAGUGUCCCUAUUUUACAGAUUUACAAAACUGAUCCCGGCUUCUGAUUUGAUCCCGGAAUGUCCCGCUUUUCCUUAGGACGUCCCUAUUUUCAUCAGAGAAAUGUUGGAGGGGAUGGAGUUAUCCGACCCCCGAGCCAUCUGAAGGCAGCCCUGUAUAAGGAGGUUUUGUAAUUUUUAAUGUUUUAUUAUGUUUUUAUAUAUGUUUGAAUCUGCCCAGAACGGCUGGGGCAGAUGGGUGGGGUAUGAACAGUAAAAUAAUAAUAAUAAUAAUAAUAAUAAUAAUAAUAAUAUAUGACAUCCCUGUUUUAAUCGGAUAAAUGUUGGAGGUUAUGCAUCUUUGAUAUGCAGAGAUGAGUCUCUCAGAUGACAAUGAUGAUUUAUGAAAGGCAUUUUACAACAUAAAAACAGAAAAUGUGCAAUAUAAUGAUUUAAAACACAACUCCCCGCAGACACAUUGAAAAGGCCAUCAAUUGUUUUAAUAGCCAAAGGCCUGGUUGAAGAGGAAUGUUUUCACCUGGUGCGUAAAGAUGUAAUGAAUGCGCCCGGUGAGGCUUCCCGGGGAGAGCAUUCCAGGGAUGGGGAGCCACCGCAGAAAAGGCCCUGUUCUUGUGUUGCCACCUUCCAGACCUCCCGCGGAGGAGGCACACAAAGAAGGGCCUCAGAGGAUGAUCUCUGGCUCCGGGGCAGUGCAGAUGGGAAGAGGCAAAGCUGAGAUGUUGGUAGUGAUUUUUUUUAUCUUAUUUUUUUUGUAUAUGAUUUUUUAAUUAAAUUUUCUGUUUUACAAUGUACUCAUUUUUACACCCUUAAGAUACCAGUGACUUCCCUUCUUCUCUUUCCAUGGUUCAUUUUACAUAUGAUAAAUCCCUGCACAUUUUACAGAAACUAUACCAUUCAGUAUUCCAUUAUUACAUCCAUCAAAACUGAUUUACACUGUUGAAUUUAUCUUAAUGCUGCCAGUGUUUUCAGCUGUACAAGUAGUGAUAUCUAUCUAUCUGUCUAUCUAUCUAUCUAUCUAUCUAUCUAUCUAUCUAUUUAUCUAUCUAUCUAUCAUCUAUCUAUCUAUCUAUCUAUCCAUCUAUCCAUCUAUCUAUCUGUCUAUAUCUAUCUACAGUAUCAGUCUACAGUAUCUAUCUAUCAUCUAUCUAUCAUCUAUCUAUCUAUCUAUCUAUCUAUCAUCUAUUUAUCAUCUAUCUACAGUAUCAAUCUACAGUAUCUAUCUAUCUAUCUAUCAUCUAUUUAUCAUCUAUCUACAGUAUCAAUCUACAGUAUCUAUCUAUCUAUCUAUCUAUCUAUCUAUCUAUCUAUCUAUCUAUCCAGAGUGGCUGGGGCUACUCAGUCAGAUGGAUGGGGUAUAAUAAUAAUAAUAAUAAUAAUAAUAAUAAUAAUAAUUACUACUAUGCUUACUGCUCCCCUACCAUCACCUGACCAAGGCAAGAGGCGGCUGAAAAAGGAAGUUAUAAAGAGGAGCAGCAGGUUCAAAGAGCGCUCUGGUCCAAUUCCUUAAAAAUAUCAGGACCUGUGGCCCCCGUAAUGGCAGCUUCAGAAGAUAAUGUGGCCCUUGGGCUGCAAAGGGCCAAACUCAGUGACUAAUGGAAAGCCCUCGGCUUCUCCCCCUUUGCCUCCUUCUUCCCUCCCUGAAUCCAGCUCAGAUGUGCUCCCUGAAGGAAGAGUUUGACUCGCUGCAGGAGGUGAAAGAUGUGGAGCUGGACCGCUUGGAGCGGGAGCUGCGGGAGGCCAACGAGGAGAUCCACAGCCUGCGCUUGGACGCUGAGGAGGCGGCCGCCUUGCACGAGAACGAGGUGGCCGGGCUGCAGGAGGAGAUCUGCCGCCUGAAAGCCGAGCUGGAGCGCGUGCAGAGGGUCCGGAACGAGUACGACAUGGAAGUCACAGCCCUGCGGGCCGAGAUCAACAUGAAGCGGCCGGGCACUGGGGACAGCCAGCCUGCCCCAGAGAUGUUGGUGGUGUCCCACUUUGAUGACCGUCUCGCCUGCACCUCAGAAGAGGUGGCUAGGCUCCAAGGUACAGUCAUGUCUCGGGUUACAGACGCUUCGGGUUGCACAAUUUUUUUAAAAAAUAUAUUUUUAUUGGUUUUAACAUGUAAAUUAUAAAACAUACCACACUAUUUAUUACAUAUACAAUCUUAUUGGACUUCCAUCAGCGCCUCUGAUGAUCUUCCGUCUUAACCACUUCUAACGCAUUUCUUUACUUUAUAUUGUCUUUACCUCCCUUAACAUACCAUCACCCCUUUUCCAUUUUUACAAUACUUCAAAGUAUACCCCUCACAGAACUUCUUGCAAACCUACAAACGUCGUCCAGUCGUCACAAAUACUUUUCAUAUAGUUCGUAAAUUUACUCCAGUCUUCGGUAAAUUUCUGGUCUCGCUGGUUUCGGAUCCUUCCUGUUAAUUUGUCUAAUUCUGCAUAGUCCAUUAACUUCAUCCUCCAUUCUUCAAUCGUCGGGAGUUCUUCUUGUUUCCAUUUUUGAGCCAAUAAUAUUCUAGCUGCUGUCACUGCAUAUAAAACAAACUUACAGUCCUUUCUAUUUAUAUCACUUCCAACAAUACCCAGUAGAAAUGCUUCUGGCUUCUUACUAAAUGUAUAUUUCAACAUUUUUUUCAACUCAUUAUAUAUCAUCUCCCAGAAGCAUUUCACCUUUUUACAAUCCCACCGCAUGUGAUAAAAUGUUCCCUCUUUUUCUUUGCAUUUCCAACUUUUAUUACUAGUUUUAUACAUUUUUGCUAAUUUAACAGGGGUAAUAUACCAUCUGUACAUCAUUUUCAUCACAUUUUCUUUUAAUGCAUUACAUGCAGUAAACUUUAAGCCUUCCUUCCAUAAUUUUACCCAAUCACACAGUUGUAUGUUGUACCCAAAAUCUUUGGCCCAGUGAAUCAUAACUGACUUAACUUCUUGAUCUUUCAAUUGCCAUUGAAGCAGCCAUUUAUACGGGUUGAGCGAUUUCGGGUGGCACACUGCGCUGAACCCGGAAGUACCAGAACGGGUUACUUCCGCGUUUCGGCGUUGUGCAGGCACAGAAGCACUAAAUCGCACUUUGCGCAGAAGCGCCGAAUUGCGACCCGCUUUAAAAGCAGCUGGUCUCUUGUAUGCCCUGGUCCUCUUCAAUGGAGCUCAGAAAUAGGUGCCCCACUCUUCAGUAGGGCUGACCCCCAAGCGAAUGUGCAUAGGACCAUGGUAGUGAGCAGGGCCGGAUUGAGGUUUGAUGAGGCCCUCAGCUACUGAAGGUAACGGGGCCCUUUCUAUGUCCAGCUGUCCUUUGUCAACAACAAAUGGUCGCUGUUUUUUGUGUGGAAUAUAUGCUAUAUGGUAAUUGAUGGACCCAAUAGGUAUCUCAAGCCAUUUGCACGUUUUGCCAUGCAAUCAGUCCAUGCAGAAUGUAGGCACCCUAUAUAAAGGUAAAGGGACCCCUGACCAUUAGGUCCAGUCAUGGCUGACUGUGGUUGUGGCGCUCAUCUCGCUUGAUUGGCCGAGGGAGCCGGCAUACAGCUUCCGGGUCAUGUGGCCAGCAUGACUAAGCUGCUUCUGGCGCACGGAAACGCCGUUUACCUUCCCGCCGGAGGGGUACCUAUUUAUCUACUUGCACUUGACGUAUAUAGAAAGGAGCAAACCAGUGAUAUUUUAGGGAGCAGGCUAGCAGGAAGGGCCCAUUCCUUACAUCCUAGGAGCCUACACAACACAAAACACUCUUGCUGUAUGUAGGUUUUUUUUUUUAUCUUAUAUUUUGGAAAUGUACAUCCAGGUUUUUUCCCCUUUAAUUUUUUUGGGGGCCCCCAAGAGAGUGGGGCCCUAGGCUAUAGCUUGUUUAGCUUAUACUUAUAUCCAGCACUGGUUGUGAGCAUAUUGGCCUGUUGACUGGGGCUGAUAGCAAUUGUUGGGGGUUUCCAAAGCAGCAUUUAUUGUGCGACUGGAGCUCAUCAUACUUUUGUGAUUUUUGCUCUGUUCAGUUGACAUUAUUGACACCGAAAUCCCAGCCUGCAUUUCCUUCCUGUUUAAUUUGUUUUUGGGUUUUUUCCCUCCUGGGGAGAACCAGUAAGUAAAAAAAUGAGCAAAUAUUUCCAAAUUAAACACCCUUAGGGCUCACCCACACUUUUACCACGAGCUUUCCCUAUUGUUCCAUGGCUGUGCCUUGCGAAAAUUCAGCCUCGCCCCCUGAAUCAGAUCUUAUCGGAUGCACAGAAAAUCCAAAGAGAGGUUUUGCUUAACCGGGCGUCAGUUCAGCGCGGGAAAUUGGAUUUUUGCAAGGCACAGCCACGGAACCAUGAGAAAAAGGUCUCGGACCUGGCAGGGAAAUAAUCGGUACCCAAUGCAGAAAGCCCGCAGUUACGCGCAUUUAAGUUGGGUUAAACCAUAGAGCCUAGGACUUGCCGAUCAGAAGGUCGGCGGUUCGAAUCCCCGCUACAGGGUGAGCUCCCGUUGCUCGGUCCCUGCUCCUGCCAACCUAGCAGUUCGAAAGCACAUCAAAGUGCAAGUAGAUAAAUAGGUACCACUCCGGCGGGAAGGUAAACGGCGUUUCCGUGUGCUGCUCUGGUUCGCCAGAAGCAGCUUAGUUAUGUGGUUUAACCCACAGCGCCACCCACAUCCCAGAAGCGGCUCAGUUAUGCUGGCCACAUGACCCGGAAGCUGUACGCUGGCUCCCUCGGCCAGUAAAGUGAGCUGAGCACCGCAACCCCAGAGUCAUCCUCGACUGGACCUAACGGUCAGGGGUCCCUUUACCUUUUUAAGUCAGCAGAAAGGGGAUGUGGGUGGCGCUGUGGUCUAAACCACAGAGCCUAGGACUUGCUGAUCGAAAGGUUGGUGGUUCGAAUCCCCGCGACGGGGUGAGCUCCCGUUGCUCAGUCCCAGCUCCUGCCAACCUAACAGUUCGGAAGCACGUCAAAGUGCAAGUAGAUAAAUAGGUACCGCUCUGGCGGGAAGGUAAACGGCGUUUCCGUGCACUGCUUUGGUUCGCCAGAAGCGGCUUAGUCAUGCUGGCCACAUGACCCGGAAGCUGUACACCGGCUCCCUUGUCCAAUAAAGCGAGAUGAGCGCCGCAACCCCAGAGUCGGUCACGACUGGACCUAAUGGUCAGGGGUCCCUUUACCUUUACCUAACCUUUGCACACGUUCUGUUUUACGCACUUGGCAGAAAUAAGGGAGUGGAAGGAGGGUGGGCAUCCUGGAAAAAAGAGACUUUGGCAAUCUUACCCACCAAAGCUUGAAUCAGAUGGAAUAAUCCUCCUGAAAUGCGCUGCUCGGCCGCGGCAAAUGAUGUUUCAUCCGGAUGGCUGUGCUUUGCAGAGGAUCUCCGGACGCUGAGAAUUCAGUACCAGGAACUGACCAACGAGUACCAAAUCCUGCAGGAGAGCAACAAGAUCAUGGUCAACCAGCUGGAGAGACUGGAGGCCCUGAAGUACAGGUGAGUCUCCAUGUCCUGGGAUUGCGCAUGGCGGUCAAUGGCUUGUGGCAGGACCCCGAGGGGCCGGAACAUUUUAUUCGAUUGCGUUUGUAUUCCACCUUUCCUGCAAGGAGCUCAAGGCAGUCUGCCUUGUUCUCCUCCCUCCCAGCUCGAUCCGCACAACACUGUGAGGUAGGGGAUUUAAACCCUCGUCUCCCAUGCCCUAACCCGGUACGCUGUCUACUAAACCACACUGACUCUCUUGCCUUUCCAAAUAUCAGCUUUAAAGCAAGGAUUUUUUGCCGGGAGCAAAGUGGGAGUGGGAAAGAGUUAAAGUCCCUCCUCAGCCCUGCUGCGCUUCUAAUCAAUAACCUUGCUGCCGUAGUUGCAUACAUACCGUAUUUUUCGCUCUAUAGGACGCACUUUCCCCCCUCCAAAAAUGAAGGGGAAAUGUGUGUGCAUCCUAUGGAGCGAAUGCAGGCUCCUUGGCUUCAGCGAAAGCAACGCGAAGCCUCCGAAGCACAGAGGGAGCGCUCCCUCCGCGCUCCGGAGGCUUCCCGUUGCUUUCGCUGAAGCCUGGAGAGUGAGAGGCGUUGGUGCGCACCGACCCCUCUUGCUCUCCACACUUCAGGGAUAGCCGCCUGAAGCCUUCGGAGCGCAGCGUGAGUUCCCACUGCGCUCCGCAGGCUUCUGGUUCCUUUGCUGAAGCUGGGAGAGCAAGACUCUCCUGGCUUCAGCAAAAGGAACCUGAAGCCUGCAGAGUGCAGCGGGAACUCGCGCUGCGCUCCAAAGGCUUCAGGGAUAGCCGCGCGCAGCCCCUCCGGCAGGGAGAGGCUGCAAAUGGCUAUGGCUUCUUUACCCCUGCGCAGCCUCUCCUGGCUGGAGAGGUUGCGCACGGCUAAAGAGGAAGCCAAGACAGCCAGCGGGAUGGAUCCUGCUCACUGUCUUGGCUUCUUUGCUCUUUGGGGCUGUGGGGCGGGGGGGGGGGGCGGGCUCCCCCUGGCAGCCCCAGCAGCUCUGGGAGAAGCUGAAUAAGAUAUUUUUUCUUGAUUUCCCCCUCUAAAAACUAGGUGUGCCCUAUGGUCCCGUGCGCCUUAUGGAGCAAAAAAUACGGUAAAUAUUGGUCUGACUGUUCUUUUUAUUUCCUCUGACAUGAUACCUAGGAGGAAGGAUUCUGUUGUUUUUUUCCAAAUGAGAAUCUAAACAUCUUUUUCAGUUCAUUAUAGAUAUUUUCCCAGAAUCCCAGUAUCUCUUUGCACUCCGACCACAUAUAUAGAAUUCUGUUCUCAUUCUGAAGCAAAGUUCUUAACCCGAGGUGCUAUUUCUGGGUUAGCGGAGUCUGUAACCUGAAGCGUCUGUAACCCGAGGUACCACUGUAUCUCCCUCUCAGUCCUUUCCCUCCGAACAGAGCAAGGAGCAAGUCAGACGACUCUCCCUCCCUCGACUCGGACUCCGAGGGGAGCACGGACCACCCCCCGUCCAUCAACUGGCGGGCCACGCCCCACGCGAGCGGCAGCGUCUCCUUCAAGUCCAUGGAGAUGGUGGGCACGGCCAGCGAGGGAGACGAGGAGGAGAAGCUGUCGAAACCGGAGAGCGAGGCUGACUUGCGCUACCAGGUGAGGAGGGAGGAGAGCGAGGCGGAUCCGGACCAGGUGCAGGUAUGGGGAGAGGUUUUUAAAUGGUGUAUAAUGUAUAAUUUAUUAAAGAAGAAAAAGAGCUCUUUUACAUUCUUAAGGCAGCCAGAAAAAGCUGCCUCCUCCAAUCAGGGGUUUUCCAGAUAUUUCAGAUAUUUCCAGGGGUCUUGCCACCUGGGGCUGAUGGGAUCUGCAGCCUAAUAAUAAUAAUAAUAAUAAUAAUAAUUUAUUAUUUAUACCCCACCCAUCUGGCUAAGUUUCUCCAGCCACUCUGGGCGGCUCCCAUUCAAGUAUUAAAAACAGAACAGCAUUAAAUAUUAAAAACUUCCCUAAACAGGGCUGCCUUCAGAUGUCUUUUAAAGAUAGGAUAGCUGCUUAUUUCCUUCACAUCUGAAGGGAGGGUGUUCUACAGGGCAGUCUGGUAAAAGUCUGGGAGUUGUUUUUCUCUUUGACAUCUGAUGGGAGGGUGUUCCACAGGGCAGGCGCCACCACCAAGAAGGCCCUCUGCCUGGUUCCCUGUAACCUCACUUCUUGCAGUGAGGGAAACGCCAAAAGGUCCUCGGCACUGGAUCUCAGUGUCCGGGCAGAACGAUGGGGGUGGAGACACUCCGUCAGGUAUACUGGACCGAGGCCGUUUAGGGCUUUCAAGGUCAGCACCAAUACUUUGAAUUGUGCUUGGAAACGUACUGGGAGCUAAUGUAGGUCUUUCAAGACCGGUGUUAUGUGGUCUCGGCGGCCGCUCUCAGUCCCCAGUCUAGCUGCCGCAUUCUGGAUUAGCUGUAGUUUCUGCGUCACCUUCAAAGGUAGCCCCACGUAGAGUGCAUUGCAGUAGUCCAAGCGGGAGAUAACUAGAGCAUGCACCACUCUGGCAAGACAGUCCGCAGGCAGGUGGGGUCUCAUCCUGCAUAUCAGAUGGAGCUGGUAGACAGCUGCCCUGGACACAGAAUUGACCUGCGCCUCCAUGGACAGCUAUGAGUCCAAAAUGACUCCCAGGCUGCACACCUGCUCCUUCAGGGGCACAGUUGCCCCAUUCAGGACCAGGGAAUCCCCCACACCCACCCGCCCCCUGUCCCCCAAAAACAGUACUUCUGUCUUGUCAGAAUUCAACCUCAAUCUGUUAGCCACCAUCCAUCCUCCAACCGCCUCCAGACACUCACACAGGACCUUCACUGGUUCCAAUUUAAAAGAGAGGAAGAGCUGGGUAUCAUUCACAUAAUGGAGAACACCAGCCCAAACCCCCUGAUGAUCUCUCCCAGCGACUUCGUAUAGAUAUUAAAAAGCAUGGGGGAGAGGACGGAACUCUGAGGCACCCCACAAGUGAGAGCCCAGGGGUCUGAACACUCAUCCCCCAACACCACUUUCUGGACACUUUCAGGAAGGCUCCCCGAGGUCAGAGAAGGCCGGUAACCCUCCCUGCAGGUCAGAAACAACAAGGCACAGAGUUUUUGGAUGGAGGGCACAGCUUGACCCUCUUGCCCUCUGUGCCCCUCUUCUUGCCCUGGCAGAGCGACCAAGCCUCACGCAGCCAGCGCAGGACGGAAGACAAGGACCAUCUCGACCUCCCGGAGUGGGCAAGGAGAGCGGCAGAGCGGAAGGUGGGAGAGGCAGCAAGAGCAGGGAGGGAAGACGGAAGUGAGGUAGGCAUGAUGUAUAGGAACAGGUGCUGAUCAGGAGUUUGGUGGGAAAUCCAUGUGCUUCAGCUUUGCGUUAGCAGUACAGUGGCCUUCCUUACAAAGGGUCCAGUAAAAUAUGCAUGCAAACUGCAGGAGUCUGGGCUUGGUGGUUGUUGUUGUUUAGUCGUUGAGUCGUGUCUGACUCUUCGUGACCCCCUGGACCAGAGCACGCCAGGCCCUCCUGUCUUCCACUGCCUCCCGCAGUUUGGUCAAACUCAUGCUGGUAGCUUCAAGACCACUGUCCAACCAUCUCGUCCUCCGUUGUCCCCUUCUCCUUGUGCUCUCCAUCUUUCCCAACAUCAGGGUCUUUUCCAGGGAGUCUUCUCUUCUCAUGAGGUGGCCAAAGUAUUGGAGCCUCAGCUUCAGGAUCUGUCCUUCCAGUGAGCACUCAGGGCUGAUUUCCUUCAGAAUGGAUUGGUUUGAUCUUCUUGCAGUCCAUGGGACUCUCAAGAGUCUCCUCCAGCACCAGAAUUCAAAAGCAUCCAUUCUUCGGCCAUCAGCCUUCUUUAUGGUCCAGCUCUCACUUCCAUACAUCACUACUGGGAAAACCAUAGCUUGAACUAUAUGGACCUUUGUUGGCAAGGUGAUGUAUCUGCUUUUUAGGAUGCUGUCUAGGUUUCUCAUUGCUUUUCUCCCAAGAAGCAAGCAUCUUUUAAUUUCAUGACUGCUUGGGCUUGGUAGCCAAGUAUUAAGUUUUCACCCGCCAGCUUCCAAGUCCAGUCAAGCCGCAGACUGGUGUCACCAUAUUGUAUACAUUUAUUAAUACGGAUAUUCUUUGGAGAAGUUGAUAUAACUCACAGGCUGCUCUCAGGGUAACCUGCAAACCGGAUCCCUUGCAGGGAGAUUAGACCACGGUUGGCUAUUUAAUGGGCACUCGUUCUGGGGAAGCUAGAUGAUGUGAUGUCAAAGCAAGGGCCAGUCCACACUGUCCAGUGUGCUCUCCCAUCACUUUCCUUACCGCCAUCAGUCUCCUUUCUUGUGACUUGGAAGCCACGGAUUCGAGUCCUGCCCUCCGGAGCAGGAGAAAACAAGCUUGUUCCCUCUUCCAUGAGAUAUUUGAAGAUGGCUCUCAUAUCUCCUCUCAGUCUCUUCUUUUCCAGGCUAAACAUACCCAGCUCCUUCAAUGGUUCCUCAUCAGGCUUAGUUUCCAGACCCUUGAUCAUCUUGCCUGCCCUCCUGUGCACACCUUCCAGCUUCUCAACACCCUUCUUAAAUUGUGGUCUGGACACAGUAUCCCAGGUGUGGCCUGACCAAGGCAGAAUAGAGCGGGACUAUGACUUCCCUUGAUCUGCACACAAUACUUUUGUUGACGCAGCCUAGAAUAGUGUUAGCUUUUUUUUGCUGCUGCAUCACACAAGACCCCUUCCUCCCCACUACGGUAACUGCACUACCUGAAUCUGAGGGGUUGCAUCUGCAGAGCCUGGUCCCGUAUGGGGAACUGCCCCACAAACCUCAGUCCGGCCCUGACCUGCCUGCCUUAUUUUUGACCACCAGUCCAGGGAGGUAGCCCUGCCUGUCAGAUUUCCCCUCCUCCUUCACUCCAGGGCUUCUGCCUGCCAAACUUAGCAAAGGGGAAGAGGAUAGGGACGAAACUAGAAUCAAUUGGCUGUGUUGUUGCGUUCCGAAGGCAAAGGAAGGAUUGGACCCUGAUUAAUAAAAUACACACGAGGCUUGGCCAGCAAGACUCUGGGAGGAAGUGCCAGUAAUAAUCUGUCGCAUCCUUUUUUUUUAAAAAAAAUGAUAUUUAUUAACAUUUCAGAGAAUACAAAAAUUACGCAAAAACAAAAAGUAAAAAUACAAGAAAAUACAAAAUACAGAAGAAAAAAAAAUACAUAAAAUACAUAAAAAAUAAAGAGGAACAUAGAAAAUAAAAACAAUUAAAAACAGAUUAAUUUUCCCUAACAUAUCCUCCUUACCCUUAUUUCCCCGAACCUCCUCAUACCUCCCUUCUUUGUAUUCCAGUUCAAUUUGUUAGUUCAGCAAAUCCUUACCAUUAAGCUUUUAUCCAUUUGUGGAUCUUUUUUUUCAUAUCUCUUAAAGCAUUACAGCUAGAAACCACUUAGUUUCUAUCCAACAUCCUUCUAAAAUUCAUUAAUUUUACAAUAUUUCUGUAAAUAGUCUUUAAACUUCUUCCAGUCCUCUUUCACUGACUCUUCUCCCUGGUCUCGGAUUCUGCCAGUCAUUUCUGCCAAUUCCAUAUAGUCAAUCACCUUCAUCUGCCAUUCUUCUAGAGUGGGUAGGUCUUGUGUCUUCCAAUACUUUGCAAUGAGUAUUCUUGCUGCUGUUGUAGCAUACAUAAAAAAAGUUCUGUCCUUCUUUGGCACCAAUUGGCCGUCAAUGCCCAAAAGAAAGGCCUCUGGUUUCUUCAGGAAGGUAUAUUUAAAUACCUUUUUCAAUUCAUUAUAUAUCAUUUCCCAGAAAGCCUUAACCUUUGGGCACGUCCACCAAAGGUGAAAGAAUGUACCUUCAGUUUCUUUACAUUUCCAGCAUUUAUUAUCAGGCAAAUGAUAGAUUUUUGCAAGCUUGACUGGGGUCAUGUACCAAAUAAUCUGUCGCAUCCUGGCCCAGGUCCCUUUUAUUAACAAAAGAACUUUUAACAAGCGCUUGUAAGAACCAAUCAGAUUUCCUCUGAGCAUUUCGAAAAAACCACAUGGGACAAAGUUAGAUCAGAGAAAUCCUUUUAACUACAAAGAACUAAUUUGAGCAUGUGUACAUGUUCAGGCAUGUAGGGGACGCGGGUGGCGCUGUGGGUAAAACCUCAGUGCCUAGGACUUGCCGAUUGUAUGGUCGGCGGUUCGAAUCCCCGCGGCGGGGUGAGUUCCCGUCGUUCGGUCCCAGCUCCUGCCCACCUAGCAGUUCGAAAGCACGUCAAGUGCAAGUAGAUAAAUAGGUACCGCUUUAUAGCGGGAAGGUAGACGGCGUUUCCGUGUGCUGCGCUGGCUCGCCAGUUGCAGCUUCGUCACGCUGGCCACGUGACCCGGAAGUGUCUCCGGACUGCGCUGGCCCCCGGCCUCUUGAGCGAGAUGGGCGUGCAACCCCAGAGUCGGUCACGACUGGCCCGUACGGGCAGGGGUACCUUUACCUUUACCUUUACAUGUUCAGGCUAAAUAAAACAGGAAUCAAGGAGGAAUGCAUUUAGCAAACCCUGGAGGUCAUAAACAGGCAGUAAACAGGAAAGGGAGGACAGGCAAGGAAAGAUAGUAUUUACCAUCUCCUUGUGAAUUCUCUUCCUGGCCCUUAAGAUUAACAAAAGCCUAAAGAUUAACAAAAUCUACAUCAAGGCUACCUCCUUAUCUUAUGUACUGAGGAUGCCUUAUGAAGCAACUGGUCUGUGUUUUAGAAUGCCUGUCAGGCAGAGAAAAUGGGCAGUAGAGAAAAUGGGGCAGAGAUGCAGAGGCUUGUGGGAUUUGAUCAGAAAUUAUUCUCAAUGACUCAAGCCUACUCAAGCAAUGCUUUCAUCGCUGACACAAUGGCUUGCUCCAUUUUUCAUAAUUUCAUAGCAAUCCCACCUGACCACCACAUCGUGCCCAGCCAGUGGCUCUGGCGCCACCUGCUGUUGGCCUCCGUGCCUCCUGCCCUACCCAGUCCCACCAGCUGCUAGCUGCUCCUGGAUCCCACGAAGACCCCAUGCGUCGGAAAGGUACGCGAAGGGAUGCCCGGCUUGUCCGUUGACCCUCUGCUCUUCCUACUUCUCUGGCAGCACUACCAAACCCAGGACAUCCUGCGAGAGAUGGAGAGUAAGUGUUGGCUCAGCCAGAACGAACGGGAGCAGCUGCACGAGGAAUUGCGGAUGUGCAAGGAGGAGAUUGAGAGACUUAACGGCACCAUCCCCAUCGGAGGACGGGUAAUUCCUCAGAGGCAUUUGGGCACGUGUGUGUGUGUGUGUGUGUGUGUGGCGGGUUGCUCUGCUCGGUCCAGUGGGGAGCUGGGGGCUGGAGCAACCCUUUCCCUGAAGCAGAGGUGAUUGAUUAAUUGAUUGAUUGACUGAUUUCAUUUCUAUGCCUCUUUCCGUUCAAACGAACCCCAAAGCGGCUUACAAGCAACAAAGAGCAAUAGCACGAACACCACAAGUACAGCAUGAAUCAGAUAAUAACGGGAAAUUUGCUUCAAGUUUGAAUUUGGGUGCAAAACAUUUCCGAAAUGCAGCUGUCCUCUCCAGACAGGCUUUUAACAACCAGCCGCCUCAGUGUCUCCACAGGGACAUAUUAAUCGUUUUAUUUGUUUAUUUCAUAAAUAAAUUUAUGCACCGUUUGAUUGGGGGUGGGGGUGAGGAGAGACAUACCUCAAUGCGGUUUACAAAGAGAAGGGAAAAAUAAAAUUAGCGGUAACAGCAAUUCUUUGAAAUGUUCAAAAGGUAAAACAGGCAAGAAAUUGAAGGCAGGUUAAAUCGCACAUCCGCGUUCUGCAUGUCUGGGUAAAGGUAAAGGGACCCCUGACCAUUAGGUCCAGUCAUGGCCGACUCUGGGGUUGCGGCGCUCAUCUCGCUUUAUUGGCCGAGGGAGCCGGUGUACAGCUUCCGGGUCAUGUGGCCAGCAGGACUAAGCCGCUUCUGGCGAACCAGAGCAGCGCACGGAAACGCCGUUUACCUUCCUGCCGGAGCGGUACCUAUUUAUCUAUUUGCACUUUGACGUGCUUUCAAACUGCUAGGUGGGCAGGAGCAGGGACCGAGCAACGGGAGCUCACCCCAUCAUCGUGGGGAUUCAAACCGCCGACCUUCUGAUCGGCAAGCCCUAGGCUCUGUGGUUUAACUCAGACCGCCACCCGUGUCUGGGUAGGCUUGACCAAACAGAAAUGUUUUUAGCAGGCGCUGAGAAAUAUACAGGGAAGGGACCUGCCUGAUGUCAUCGGGCAGGGAGUUCGAAAGCGUAGGUGGCGUCGCACAGAAAGAUUGAUUUCUUACAAAUGGGGAACAGGUAUCACGCGGCACGUAUGGCAGCGCCAGAUACCACAUGGGGAUCAGUCGCCGGGGCACUUUUGGGGGUGCUGUGCCCACAAACGCCAGACAACAGGGUUCGAGAGACACAGCAAUUCCUGCACAACAUCUCGUGUGGUUGCUUUUUUAAACACACACACACACACACACACACACACAUUGACUGACUCCAAUUCCAGCACAAUCGCAAUUCUGAGCAUUCCCCUUUCCCGGUGGGUGGUAGGAAUUCUGUGUAGCCAGCUCCUUCCCAGACCCCCAAAUUUUUCGGUGCAGAGUCAUGGCACGCAGGUGGCUCUGAAGCAGGAUCCGGGCCCGAAAUUUCAGACCCCUGUCCCACACGGGCAGCCGAAACACCCUGUGGCCUAACUUCUUUCUUUCUCUCUCUCUCCUCUCUCUCUUUCUCUCGUCCCCUGCCUUGACUCAUCUCCCCUCCGUGGUGUUUGUGGCGUCCCCUCCGCCCUCCAUCCCACGCUCUCCCUCCCCACACUGCCCCCCGGAACCCCACAGGUCCCCCACGCGCCUGACCCUCCCGCCAUCAUCUCCCUCCCUCUCAUAGGACUGGUUAUCAUAGUAGCCCUGCUUUGGUGCUGGCGGGCUGAGAUGUCUUCCUAACUCCCUGAAUCAGGUACUGGUAUCAUCCGCUUGGUCUGCUAGGCUGCGCUUGGCUUGUCUCCUGCAUGAAGCAAGGACACACAUUCCCCGUCCCCAACAUUUGGUUGCUUUGUCGUUGUCAUCGUCCCUCCCCCCGUCCCUCUUGCAGUCACACCAUGCACCUGCCCUGCACCCCUCCCUCUCGCCUCCUUCCCCAACCCAUCGCCUGCCGCACAGCCUGUUCCCUCUUCAUAACAAAUCAUUUCCCCAUGCUUGCAUUUCCUCCUCCGGGGAGGCAGAGGAGGAACAAGCCAAUUCCUUUUUUAAUAAAAGACUUUGGGUUAGGAAAGCCUUUCCACAAGUUUUCCUGCUGGAGCUGAUGGGAGCUCUAGGCAGUGCCGGAUUUACGUACAGUGGUACCUCGGGUUAAGUACUUAAUUCGUUCCAGAGGUCCGUUCUUAACCUGAAACUGUUCUUAACCUGAAGUACCACUUUAGCUAAUGUGCUGCACCACUGGAGCACGAUUUCUGUUCUCCUCCUGAAGCAAAGUUCUUAACCUGAAGCACUAUUUCUGGGUUAACGGAGUCUGUAACCUGAAGCGCCUGUAACCUGAAGCGUAUGUAACCCGAGGUACCACUGUAUAAGCUAAACAAGCUAUAGCUUAGGGCCCCACUCUCUUGGGGCCCCCCAAAAAAUUAAAGGGGAAAAAACUUGGAUGUACAUUUCCAAAAUAUUAAAAAGGUAAAGGUGAAGCACCCCAGACAGUUAAGUCCAGUCGUGGCCGACUCUGGGGUUGCAGCGCUCAUCUUGCUUUACAGGCCGAGAGAGCCGGCAUAUGUCCGCAGACAGUUUUUCCGGGUCAUGUAGCCAGCAUUAAUAAGCCACUUCUGGCGAAACCAGAGCAGCGCACCCAAAUGCCGUUUACCUUACCGCUGGAGCAGUACCUAUUUAUCUACUUGCACUUUGACAUGCUUUUGAACUGCUAGGUUGGCAGGAGCAGGGACCGAGCAACGGGAGCUCACCCCAUCGCGGGGAUUCGAAACACCGACCUUCUGAUCAGCAAUCCCAAGAGGCUUAGUGGUUUAGACCACAGCGCCACCCGGACGUCCCAAAAUAUUACUUUGAUAAAAUACAUAUUUUGUUAUGUGCAAAUGGCUUGAGAUACCUCUUAGGUCCAUAAAUCACUGUCUAGCAUAUAUUCAAUACAAAAAACAGCGACCGUUUGUUGUUGACAAAGGACAGCUGGACAUAGAAAGGGCCCCAUUACCUUCAGUAGCUGAGGGCCUUGUCAGACCUAAAUCCGGCCCCGGCUCUAGGACAGAAACAUCUGGAAGGGUUAAGAGGCGCUUCCUACAACUUCCCUUUGCAAAACCCGACAGCCAGGUUGCUCACCGGUUUGAGGAUAUAAUGCCAAUCCUGGCUGCCCAUUACCGUAUUUUUCGCUCCAUAAGGCGCACUGGACCAUAAGGCGCACCUAGUUUUUAGAGGGGGAAAUCGAGAAAAAAAAAUUGUAUUCCCCCCCACCCCCAGCCCCAAAGAGCGCACAGCCUGUUCACUUCUCCCAGAGCUUCUGGGGCUGCCGGGGGAAGCCCGGGUCCCCCCCCCCCAGCCCCAAAGAACAAAGAAGCCAAGUUUUGGCUUCUGCCAAAGCCACGCACAGCCUCUCCCGGCCAGAGGGGCUGUGCGCGGCUAUGGCAACACCCCCACCUCCCGCAAAAGCCCACAGGAGCCGCGCACCCUUUAAGGAGCGCGUGGCUCCUUCGGGCUUUUCUACGAGGAGGGAGAAGGGACUGACUGGCUGCGUCAGUCCCUUCUCCUUCAUGGGGAACAGCCCGCAAGAGCCGCACAGAGCUUGUGUGUGGCUCUUGGGGGCUUUUCCUGUCUGCCUCCCCCCUGCAUUUGCUCCAUAAGACACACACAGAUUUCCCCUUACUUUUUAGGAGGGGGAAAGUGUGUCUUAUGGAGUGAAAAAUACGGUAGUUUCCCAGCUCAAAAGUGCUGCUUUUUGACCUACAAGCCUUAAACUGCUCAGGACUGCGAUGCCUCAAGGACCACCUCUAACCACAUGAACCGACCUGGAUCCAGAGAUGACCCUCUGAGGCUCUUCUUCGCCUGCCUCCAUCACGAGAGGCUCAUAGGGUGGCAGCACAAAUAGCUCAGUUGGUUAGAGCGUGGUUCUGAUCACGCCAAGGUUGCAGGUUCGAUUCCCAUAUGGGGCAGCUGCAUAGUCCUUCAUUGCUGGGGAUUGGGCUGGAUGAUCCUCAGAGUUCCCUUCCAACUCUAUGAUUCUGUGAUUCUAACAGGGCCUUUUCUGCAGUGGCUCCCUGUUUGUGGAAUGCUCUCCCCAGGAGAGGCUCGCCUGGCACCUUCGUUCAGGCAUAAUGACGACAAUAAUAAUAUUAACCAGGCAAAAAACAUUCCUCAUUUGGUUGAUUCAAUUUACAUCCUAUGCCCUUUUAAAAUGUAUUUUUUGGGGGGGCGUAUUGGGUUGCUGUUUUUAUUUUUACAGUGGUACCUCGGGUUACAUACGCUUCAGGGUACAUACGCUUCAGGUUACCGACUCCGCUAACCCAGAAAUAGUACCUCGGGUUAAGAACUUUGCUUCAGGAUGAGAACAGAAAUCGUGCUCUGGCGGGGCGGCGGCAGCAGGAGGCCCCAUUAGCUAAAGUGGUGCUUCAGGUUAAGAACAGUUUCAGGUUAAGAACGGACCUCCGGAACGAAUUAAGUACUUAACCUGAGGUACCACUGUAUUAGGUAUUUUGUGGUUUUAGAUCUUGAUUUUAUUCUGUGAACCGCCCUGAGACCCCAGGUAUAGGGCGGCAUAUAAAUUCAAUUAACAACAACAACAGCAACACCACCACUUUAUUUAUUUAUAUGCUGUCCAUCAGACUGGGUUUCCCCAGCCACUCCGGGCGACCUCCAACAGUCAAAAACGUUCCUCUUCAACCAGGCCUCUCUCUGGCUUUUGACAGAAUCAUAGAGUUGGAAGGGACCAACGAGGGUCAUCUAGUUCAACCCCCUUGCAGUGCAGGAAUCUUUUACCCAGUGCAGGUCUCGAACCCACAACCCUGGCAUAGCUACUGACUGAGCUAUACUGGCUUGUAACUACCGGUGGCUUUCCAGAAUAAGGGAGGGUGUUUUAACGUAUUUCUCUCCCACCCGGUUUUAAUGCAUGUCUUUCUUCCUUUUCUUUCUUCCUUUUGUAAGUCGCUUUGAGUUGCCCUGGCAAAAUAAAAAUAAAAAUAGGGUGACUAAUACAUUUAAUAAAUAAAUAAAUAAAUAACUGACCUACCAGCUCAGAAAUAAAUAGACAGAUAGAUAGAUAGAUAGAUAGAUAGAUAGAUAGAUAGAUAAAUAAAUAAAGACUAAGCCGCCACCUCAGAAAUAAAUAAAUAGAUAAAUAAAUAAAUGACUGAGCUACCGGCUCAGAAAUAAAUACAUAUAUGAAGGGUAAAGGGACCCCUGACCAUUUGGUCCAGUCGUGGCCGACUCUGGGGUUGCGGCGCUCAUCUCGCUUUAUUGGCCGAGAGAGCCGGCGUACAGCUUCCGGGUCAUGUGGCCAGCAGGACUAAGCCGCUUCUGGCGAACCAGAGCAGCGCACGGAAACGCCGUUUACCUUCCCGCCGGAGCGGUACCUAUUUAUCUACUUGCACUUUGAUGUGCUUUCAAACUGCUAGGUUGGCAGGAGCAGGGACCGAGCAACGGGAGCUCACCCCGUCGUGGGGAUCCGAACCGCCGACCUUCUGAUCGGCAAGUCCUAGGCUCUGUGGUUUAACCCAAAGCGCCACCUGCGUCCCUAAAUAAAUAGAUAGAUAGAUAGAUAAAUAAACAAAUAAAUAAAUAAAUAAAUAAAUGACUGAGCUACCAGCUCAGAAAUAGAUACAUAGAUGAUAGAUAGAUAGAUAGAUACAGUAGAUGGCUGAGCUACCAGCCUUCCUAGGAAUCACCUUCAUAAGAACGUAAAAGGCUACAGGAUCAAUCCAAUGGCCCUUCAUUGUAGCGCCCUGUUCUCACAGCGGCCAACCAGAUGUCUGGCGGCGAUCCAGCAAUUGGGAUUCGAACACGAGCCCCCCGCCCCCCUGCGUGCCGAAAGCGCGGGUUGCGAUGCACGCCUGCGGAUGUCCGUGUGGUUCAAUUAACCCUAGUGCAUGGAGCGGGGUUGGAGCGAGGCGGGUGGGUUUUAAGGCUCCGUCGCUGACCCCCCCUUUCUCCUCCUCCUCCCCUGCAGGUCCCAGCCGGAGGGAUGAAGCCCCUCGCUCUCUUCGCCGUCCUUGCCGGGGGCCUGCUCCUCUACCCCUGCGUAAAGAGAUACACCAGCAGCUGGAUGCCGCCCUAAGGAGCCUGCGCACCUGGACACCUGCCCCUCGAAGAGGGGGCCCCUUGCGCCACGUACCCCUCCCCACCCCAACUCUGUGAGGACUGAGCACCUGUCCCCCCCACGCCCCCCAUUAACCCAACCGCUGCUCGGAAGGCCGGUCUCGCCAUCAGCCGUGCCAUGCGACCUGUCACCCAUCAUCAGUUAUCCAUUCCCCUCCCUUUCCUGCUGCUGCUGAGGAUGAGCUGAGGUGGGUUUUUUGGGGGCUUCCAGCUUCCCACCUGCCCUGCCCCCUCCCCUGCAGCCGGGGACCUCUGGGGCACGGGCCCUGGUCUCCCCAUCAGUGGUCCUAACCUGGAGGAGCCCAGGCGUUGGCUGGGAGGGAAGAGAGAUGGUGGUUAGGAGUUCAUCUCACCUCCUGGUGGCCCCCACUGGAAAAAGCAGGACCUGGGGACCCCAUGGUACCUCUCUCCUCUUUUACCCCUCCCCGGCUCUUCUGUGCCAGUCCGAGGGGGCAACCGAGAGCAAUACCUGCCCUCUGGGUGGCAGACCUCUGCAAUACCCGGAAGGACCUGAUGCACUUUCCCAGCAGGAAAAGUUGGCAGCCAGGGUCGGGAUGAAGAGGUGUGGGGAGCUGGGGGGGGCACAAUUUCCUCUAGGCAAUAUUUAAAGUCUGUUUCAACACACUGUGAACGGGAAGCAACUUCCGGAGGGACCCGGAGCAGAACGGAUCGACCUGUGAAUUUCUUUCAUCCUCCGCUCCAUCAGGGAUAACCUUUCUCGCUUAUCCCCAACCCGGGCCGGAUCCUGAAUCUAUGCAUUCCACCCCUAGCUCCGUCCCCCUCCUCUUUCUCCAGCGUGGUCUCGUCCCACAGCUGUGCACCGUUUCCUCCUGGCCCUAGGAACGCUCACAGAGUUUGUGUGUGUGUGUAUGUGUGUCCCUCUUUGCACCUUCGACGCAGGUAUGAUGGUUUGGGGACCACCGGGAUGCAGAGAGGUCCCUUAAGGCCUGUUUGGGUCACCCGGGACUGUCCUCGUCCGACAGCGCUUCCAGCAAUCGAGGCCUCACCCAGGUAGCAACGGGUGGGGGAGCCACGGCAUGUGGACUGUAGCGCAGCCCUCCGGGAUCCGGGGCGCCAAAUCCUUGCCCUGCAUGUUUCGUGGGCACCCGUCCUCCGUCACCUCACGGUCCGUCGCCCCCUCCUCACCUCUUCCACGUCUCGUUCGUCGAGCUCUGCUCCCGACUUCUGUCCGAGAAGGGGGCCACCCCCGAAAAGCCGCUGGAGACCGUCUGCAGAUCUUUCUCUUUCGUCUUUGUUCUAUGUUGUAACUCAGUAAAAAA